UGAGCGGUAUAGGGAGGGGGGCCGGUCCUGCGCUAUAGGGCGGUGCUGGGGGCGGUAGUGGAUACAAAGCUGGGAGUUGCAGCUCUCGCUGACAGCCAUGGCCGAGCAUUGUGCGAUCGCCGCAUAGCGCCCGAUGUACUAACCGGGAGGGAGGAUGAACUCGCUGCUGUUCGGAGACAUGGCCCGAGCCCUGGACACCCCGCCGGCCCCCGGCCCCUCUCCGGCCCCCGCGGUCACCCUGGCCCUCCGCAAUGACCUGGGGUCCAAUAUCCACGUGUUAAAGACCCUCAAUGUCCGGUUCCGAUGCUUCCUGGCCCGCGUGCACGAACUGGAGCGGCGGAACCGGCUGCUGGAGCGGCAGAUCCAACUCAACCAGAACCGGCCGGACCGGGGGCUCCGCUUCAAAACCUUCCACCGGGACAUCGGCACCCAGACCGAACCGCAGCCCCCCGGCCGCCUGCCCGGGACCAUGUGGACCUACACCCACGUGCGGCGCUCCGGGGGCCAGCUGGAGACCGUGCAGGGCCCCGGGGUCUCCUGGACAUACCCGGACGGAGUGGGGGUACAGAUCGACACCAUCACCCCCGAAAUCCGAGCCCUGUACAACGUGCUGGCCAAGGUCAAACGGGAGAGGGACGAGUACAGGAGGAAGUAAGUGCACCCCCCAGCCUGCCUAUUCUGCACCCCCAUACUGUACCCCCAUACUGUACCCAGCCUGCCUAUUCUGCACCCCAUACUGUACCCAGCCUGCCUAUUCUGCACCCCCAUACUGUACCCAGCCUGCCUAUUCUGCACCCCCAUACUGUACCCAGCCUGCCUAUUCUGCACCCCCAUACUGUACCCAGCCUGCCUAUUCUGUACCCCCAUACUGUACCCAGCCUGCCUAUUCUGUACCCCCAUACUGUACCCAGCCUGCCUAUUCUGUACCCCCAUACUGUACCCAGCCUGCCUAUUCUGUACCCCCAUACUGUACCCAGCCUGCCUAUUCUGGACUCAUAUACUGUACCCCCAGACUGUGCCUAGUCUGCACCCCCACAUUGUACCCAGUCUACACCCCCAAAUUGUACCCAUUCUAUCCCCUGCACCCCCACAUUGUACCCUUGUAAUAAUGCACCCAGCUGCAACCCUCUCUCUGCUCAUCUUUUCCUCUAAAAAAUAAUAAUAAUAUACAGCACCCCCGAUAUUUACCACCUCUAGCGUUCGUCCUAUGGUCCCCAAUUUUUGCUUCUUCAUCCCGGCAGAACCCCACUUUUCCCUGAUGCCCCCCAGUUCUGUCCCCUUCUGAUACAGUCCAUGUCAUUAGUGUUUUUCGUGCUGCACCCCUAAACCUGCAUGUUUUGUCCUGUGCACCCCCUCUUCUGACUCUUCCCAUAUUACUCCUAUUACCCCCACCUCCACCAUGCUGUGUAUUGUUUGUAAAUAGAGGACAGAGAGGUGCAAAGUGACGCAGGUCACCCUCCCAUACCCCAGGGUUAACUUUCUGAGCUCUGCAGAUAGCCGCUCAAUGGGAAUGUGAUAUUAACUGUCUGAGUGCCAUAUUGGCACACAGGGUCAACAAUCUAAUGAUGGCUGAGCAUGGUGAGUGAAAGGGUUUAACCAUGUACCCAGUCCCUCCCCCUGCAUUGGUGGCUGAGCAUGGUGAGAUUGCAUCACACUGCACAUUGUGUUGACUGCAUAGAGGUUUAAUGCAGGAAAAUAGGUACAGGGUGACACCUCCGCCAAGUGCCCACACAGAGGGUAUCUAUAGCUGCCGCCAAGUGCCCACACAGAGGGUAUCUAUAGCUGCCACCCUGUGCCCACACAGAGGGUAUCUAUAGCUGCCACCCUGUGCUCACAGAGAGGGUAUCUAUAGCUGCCACCUUGUGCCCACAGACAGGGUAUCUACAGCUAGCAUGUUGUGCCCACUGAGAGGGUAUCUAUAGCUAGCACGUUGUGUCCACUGAGAGGGUAUCUAUAGCUAGCACGUUGUGUCCACUGAGAGGGUAUCUAUAGCAGACAUCUUGUGCCCACUGAGAGGGUGUCAUUAACAUAUGGAUGCGGAGGGGGUAAUAUAAACGCAGAGACUGGUUCUAGGCUGUUUAAUAACAUGACAUCUUGGCAAUAAUGGGGGCUCGUUAGGAAUAGAUCCAACCAGCACUCUAAUUAUUGGAAUUAAAUCUCUGUUCAGCCAGUCCAUAGAAAUAAUAUAUUAGAGGCUUCCGGUCCCCUUGCAGGAUGUCCGUCAAGCUAUGACCAUAAAUUAACCAUCAGAGACCCUCUAAUUUAUUAUUAUGGCUGGAAUCUGCAGGGUUAAUCCAUACACUUUAUAACUCUAACCACAAAACUAGGAGAUUAUUUUUCCAAUUUGCUUAAUCUCAGCAACGAUUCACUGUUUGUUGAUAACUCCCUUGUAUAAACCUGACUUCGUACCAGUAACAAGAUUUAACUCUAGCCUAGCUGGAGCCCAGGCUGUGAGACCAUCCGAAGAAAUAUUAACUGCGCUGGGGGUUUACUUACUGAACUGCGUACUGUGGGGAUGGGGGAAAAACGCACACUGUAGGCUGGCAGGCGCAGAAUUUCUGCUAGCGAGAAACCAGGUGAGAAAUUGCUCCUCUUACAGCAACACUGGGAUUUUUAUUGGGAAACUGAGUUAUCCGUGGACUAUUGGUGUAUCGGUUACGGUCAAGGUUUUUUUUUUUUUUUAUAAAUACUUGUAGAAGUGAAGCGUUCAGUCUCGAUGGUGUACACUGGCUUUUUUCUGAUUCUUGGAUUAAAUGGGGGGGGGGGAGGUCGCUGUGAAUGGCUUUAAAAAUGCCGAAUGACUAUCCCCACGAGCGACUCAUUACAUUGUGCUGUGUUGCUCAAUCCUGUGACUGUUCGUUAAACCCAAGUUAUUUAUUAAAACACUGAUUCAUAGUGAGUAGAAAACCCCAAUGGCAAAAUAUAGUCUAAAAUAUUCAGGCUGGGACCAUAGUGCCCUUACAGAAUAUUCUAACUCCUCUAGAUUUGCUUAAAUUUUGACCAUUUUCCUUUUCAAUUAACUGCUAUUCACAAUUUAGUGAAUUAAACUUUGUGGGUUUUUUUUGUUUUUGUUUUUUUUAUUACACUUUUUUGUUUUUUUGUUUUUUUAGAUUUUAGCCCAAAUAGCCGAACUGAACUGCCCUCCCCCCACUCUUUGUUGUUUAAUUUCAUAGACCCCUAUCUUUCAGAUGGUAGAGAUUGCCAUCCAUAUCUCAAUCCUAAACCGCCUGCAUGUCAUCGUUUUAGUGUGAUAGAGCAGUUUGCUUUAAAGGAAUACUCUGGGCACCAUAACAACUUCUCAAGCUGUUUUUGUGAAUAUGUGUCUGACACUCUCAGCCUCUCAGUGGCGGCUAGUCCCAAGGCUCAGACUGGCGAAAUUAGCUGGGCAGAGUGAUUGGGAGUUGGUAAACGGUGUACCCAUAGAGAUAAGCUGGGGAUGAACUUUUAUUACAGUUAAGUUGUUAUGGUGCCCAGAGUGUAAAUCCAGAUUUCUUGCAGUGUCAUGGGGAGUAAGAUACAGGAGUUUAUUUUCUAGACCGUGACAGAGAUAAAAUGAAGUGUUUUGCAGAAUGAGAUUGUCAGCCGUCCGGCUCCCCAUAAUUCACAGUUUAGUGAAUAAUCCGCUUUCCGAGAGCUGCUUCUUUAAAUGGUUAUUUGUGUUAAACAAGGGUCAUGGCUCUAAGACUCUUCCCAGCCAGUCGGAUGUGGAUUCAUUCUCCAGCAAUGUAAAAUCAUCUUCCAGGGGAAAUAAAUCCUGCUUCAUUGAAUCACCCCCUCCUCCCUCCAACCCAAACCCUUCGGCCCCUGCAAAGAUCACAUCACUCUCAACAGGAUUCUUUCUUUAAACAAAGGCCCCGGGUCUCACUGUAUAUCUUAAUGUAUUAAAACCUGCAUUGCUGUAUUCGGUCAAAGGUCACGUAGAAGGACUCUGAUCCCUCAGUCUCUGCAGCAAUUGGAGGACAAAAAGUCCCAUGAUCCACCCAAAAUGCAAUCCUUUUUAUUAUUUUAUCAGUCUAGAAAUUGUCCCAAGCAAGACUGAAUUGCAUGCUGGUUUUUCCCUUCCCGACACUGCACUGCAUCUACUACUUUCUGUUCUAAUUUUGCUAAUUAGAACAAUCCAGAUUUUAAAAUUAGAGGCUAGUGGGUAGUUUGCAGAAUCCGGGGCUAAUAAAGCCAAUUUCAGGAAGUCCAGGGCGACCGGCAGAAUGUGUACUCUGGGUCACACAGACUGGUACGAUCCCAUGCUGAACAAACUUUACAUAAACUGAGCAUUUCUACAAGAAUUCUGAAAUUGGUUCUGUACCAUAUUUCAAGGUGCACUGUGCAGGGUAACCCCAACCUGUGGGCACACUGGCCUUAAACUUGAAAUCACUUUGAAUUCUCACUUUAUUGAAUAACUCAUUGUAUCUCGGAUUGCAGGGCCCAGUAUUUCACUGGCACCCAUUGCUGAUCAGCUGUUAUGCCCAAUGAUGGUGCCCGUACCAUCCUGAUAAGACAGUGGAUAUAAAGCAGAGCGUGCGUUGUGAGAUAAAUAUUGGUGACGUGAGACCUGGCUGAUUAUGGUAAAUGUUGAUAUUGGACUCAGGCUGAGUACUGGAUUUGGUGCUACGUUGUCUUCAUGGUGAUUCCAGGAGGGCUCACUUUAGCCGGGCGCUGUGCCCAGUAGACAGUAGAUGGCUGUAUUUAGCCUGUGGGUGUGUUUGUUACCAGUCAAGAUAUAUAGGCAUUCAAUUGUCCUCACACUGAGAGCUCGGCCGUAUUUUGGUAUUGUCCGACAAUAACUAUUAUUCUGUUUGGGAAUUGGCAAGCGACCAAUCUGGUGGCUCAGUGAUACUCAAACCUAUUUCGGCAUUGUUUUCUCUCUCACUCCGGGGGGAUGGGUAGGAGUGUCAGUGCAUUGUCGUACAUUAUUAUUUUAUUUAUUUAAUACAGUGUUACAACAUGUCUCAUUUAAUACACUAUGCUAUUCAUUAUCACAUGUUUGUGGUGUUAUUACUUGUAUCCAUUCUAAUUCUAGUAUCUCCAUUUAAUUUACCCCUAGUUUACAUUGGUAUGUAUUUGGCUCUUUAUAAAGUAUGUUAUAAAGCAUCUUGUCUAAUGUAAUACACCGUGAUAGAAAUCGUUACGUGUGUGUGUUGAAUUGUGAUGAAGGAAAGUCUGAGGCUCCCCAUUGUAUAUGGCUGUAUUUUUAUUAAUGCAUCAUGGGAGAUGUAGUUCUACAACAUCUGGGGAUCUUCCUUUUGGACUCCCCUGUUGUAAGCUAAAACCGACAAACCGGAACGUAGACUCCAUUUUAUUUAAACGUGGCCGUGUUCGUUUAAAUUCCUUACUUCUCCUAAGAAUCUAAACUUGUGGUUUCAGAACAAAUUACUGUGAAUCUGUUUGUUUAGAGCUCAGAUCCAUUUCCAGGGUUGGUAAAUAUAAAGUUCACUGACCUAUCGGACAUUGGCAGCGCCAGGAUGGGGGCGUUCUGUGUGUGUGUGUGUGUGUGUAUUUAUUUUUAUUUUUUUUCUUAAAGUUUGCACAGUCCAGCUUUUUAACAUGGCGGCUUCGUAUCGUCCUCUUUCAAUGUAAUAAUUUUAACACUUGUUACUGUUUUCUGAUGUUUACACACAGAGAAUCUGUGAAAGUUUAACCCUUUAUGGACACGACAUGUGUGACAUGUCAUGAUUCCCUUUUAUUCCAGAAGUUUGGUCCUUAAGGGGUUAAAAUGGUUCCCCUGGAUGGAUUCUACAAAUUGUUAAAUGUGGAACACCGUAUUCACUGUCUAGACCAGGGGCAGGCAACCUUCGGUACUCCAGAUGUUGUGGACUACAUCUCCCAUGGCAAAGCAUCAUGGGAGGUGUAGUCCAAAACUUCUGCUGUGCUGAAGGUUGCCUAUGACUGGUCUAGACCUUGCUAUAGUGCCGUGGUCGCAGUUCCACUAAUAACUCCCUUGAAUCUGCUCUUGUUGUCAACCAAGGAGUUAUGGGAGUUUUAGUCCUCCAACAAGUAGAGAUGUUAGAUGUAGAAAUAUAUGUUUUUGGAUAAACCUUUUUUUUAAAGGACCACUAUAGUGCCAGGAAAACAAACUCAUUUCCUUGCACUAUAUGGUCUUUAGGGUCCCGCUUCGGCCGGGCACUAGGGGGAGGAAGGGGUUAAACACUUGCCUUUCUACAGCGCCGGGCUCACUCCCUCUUCUGCUGAAUGCGCAUGCGCAGCAAGAGUUGCGCGCGCAUUCAGUCAGUCCGUAGGAAAGCAUUCUCAAUGCUUUCUUAUGGACGCUGGCGUGAGAAGCGCGGAAGCGCCUCUAGCAGCUGUCAAUGAGACAGCCACUAGAGGCUGGAUUAACCCUAGAUGGACCUGGCACCCAGACCACUUCACUUCAUUAAGCUAUAGUGGUCCUUUACGUGAUUCCCAUGACUUUUAAUGGUGAUUUCUGUAGAUGAAUCAUUUGACACGUUUGUCCAUAAAUAUUAAUCUGUGGCCAGUGUACCGAUCUUGCUGACAUGCGUUUUGCCACCAAUAAAAGGGUUACAAGGCGAGCGUGUCUGAGUCUCUUUAGGGAUGUUUCAUGCCAUUCGGCAGGUGCAGCACCUGGUUUGUUGUCUCAGCCGCCAAGAUCUGCCACUCUGUUCUGGAUCCGUUAUUAGACUUUUUGUUUGCAGGGCGUGCUCCAGCCUGCCCUAUAAACGCUGGCAGCUGGGCAUUAAUUUGUAAUGCAUUGUAUGUUAAUCCCUUUGAAGCGUUUCCGAUAAUCUCAGGGUUCCUUUUAAUGUUUUGUGAAAGCCUGGCCAAUGUAAAUAUGUCUUGGGAGAGAAUAUUUCAUACAAAGAGACUGGGAAUAUAUUAUCGGAGGACAACAGCUCUGUGUCCAGCUGGGGUAACUAGACUUCAAAGCUCCGUGCCCAGCAAAGGGGAGCAAAGGAUCAUGGUAGUUGUAGUUAAACAGGUGUUAGCUUGUUUCCCUACAAUCCAGCAUGGUGGUCUACACAUGGGGGAAACGAGAGUUUGUGUUUUGCACUCUCUCUUAUAUUAACAUAAUGUGAGACACAGGACCCCAAAAUAAUUGGGGGGGAAAACAAACACAAGGUGUGUGUCCCUUCCUCUCUUUGUUGGAGUCCAAGCCUGCUCUCCCACUUCGCAGCCACAGACAUAAUUGUAAUAUAUGUAUUAAUCCCCCAUUGGGUUACUUGGUGUUUUCUUUAAGCCUUAAGUGAUUCACUUUUCAUUUAGAAAGCUGUAUUUAGCUGAUUAAUUGUAGCAGUCCAUUCCAACGAUAUUGUGUGUUUAUAAUAUCCGCCAUUCUACAUGCAACAUUCUAAUCGUUUAUAGUGCAAAUUAAGGGUUUUAUUCAACAAAUACCGUACUGCAGGAAACGGAAAUUGGAAUUGCAAAUCGUAGGCCAAAAUAAGCUGGGACUAUAUAGCUGGCUUGGAGAUUUUUAUUAUUUUUUUUACUAAAUUUGGAAUUGGGUUUGUUAGCCACAAAUCAUUUAGUUAUUAAACAAUGAGAGGUCUGGCUUCCCCAGAUUAAAUAUUUAUAAUAUUUUAAAGGCAAAAUGUUUUGUUUGGAAUAAUGUACAUUACAAUGGCUUCCCUAUUCUGCUCCAGCGAAUUUACCUUCCAUCCCAGAUAUAGAUUGGUAUUUAGGAACCUGUUUCAUUGGUUGUGAUUAUUAAAACCUGCUUGAGUUUGGAUUUGGGAAGAUGUGUCGAUUUUAUUUUGGAAUAUUCUUUUGUGGUUUGGUAAAUGGCAAUGUAAGCAAUCUGCCAUCUAAUGAAAGAAUUCUCACUGAAAUGGAAGUUUUUACAUAUUGCAAUAGAUUUAGUCUUACUAGCUAACAUUCUGUUCCUUUUAGAAACUUUGCAGUAAAAUACACAGCAAGGUAACAUUGCAAAUACUGUAUAUUAAUCCCUGACCACUCCUGAACUCUCCGUGGCUCUUAUUACCCCCCUCUAAACCUGGCGACCCUUGCCUGCUCCCAUCGCAGGCCUGGAAUAAAUAAGGUUAUUGAUGCUCCGAGGAAGGUGAGGACUUCGAAAGGAGACUGGCCUAUUUUGAGACCAUGACAUGCACAGUGUAUUUAUAACAAUACCAGAAACCCACAGAGCUUGCAAUCCGCUAAUAAAUAGAACCUGUGCACGCCACUUAUGAAGUGACUUUAAAGGGAUCACUGUCACAGGUAACUUUACUAAAUAUGAAAAUCUCUCUUCGUAACACCUUAGCAUACUGCAUGUUAAUAGACAGAUUUUCAUUUUGAGAUAAUUUAGUUUUUUGUUCUCCAGGAAGCGGAUUUUAAUGAGAUCUUCACGAUCACAUUAACCCCAUGACCGGGGGGAAAAAUAUUUUUUUAAAUUAAAACGAGAAUCUUUGUGUAAUUUUAAUAACUACCAUGGACGCCUGAUUUCUGGGCUUGAAAGGAAAAUAUGGUGGGUAUCCCAGUAGGUUACGUUCUUAUCCUCCUGCAAUAAAAAGUUUCAGUUAAUAGAGUUGGAUAUUAUUAAUCAAAGACUAUAGGGCUCAUUCACUAAACCCCAAGCUAUAGUGAAUUGAAAUCUGAAUUGCAGAGUCUAGGUAAAAUUAGCCAAGCUGCGUCUAUAACGGAGUUGGGAAUUCCAAGUAUAGUGAAUAAAUGUUAUAAAGGAUACAGUCCCGUUCCUUUAUUUGAUUUCCUUCCUGUGACCUCCCUUAGCCAGGAUUUACUCUGAGGUGAAAGGAACACGUAUGCCCUUCCCCCAGCCUACGAGAAACCACGCAUGGUUCGUGCAAUUUCCUGCAUUCCCAUGGGGCAGUAAAUCUCAUCAUGCAUUGCUUGCAUAAAAUGGACUUUUAGCCCCCACGUACCUUUUUUAUAUCGCCACUGCCAGCCUUACUCACAAUUCCAUUAGCAAACUGUAAUAAUGCUUUGAAGGACUGCAAUUCCCAUUAUCCAACUGGCAAAACUGAGGCUGAAAUAGGUGGACUGGAAUAAUUCUCCAAAGGACUCGUAGCAGGGCCCACAACUACCACUUGCCCGUCAGCCAUUGGCAAGUGAAACAUUGCCCUGCCAAGUAAAAAUUCACCCCAGUGACUGCCAUCCAGGCUCGCAGCAAUCGGUGGGCAUGGAUACUAGUGAGCCCUGGUCACAACUGAUAUUUCAGCCAUGAUUACUAAAUACAAUGUAGAGUUUAUUGAAUAACCCUGUGAGUGUGAGGUAUUGGGUUUUGGUGAGAUAUUAAUAAAUACUGCAGCAUUAUCGUGUGUGGUUUUUUUUUUUUUUUUGUGUUUAUAUUUUAUUUGAGUUUUGGUUAAUUUAAGUCCACCAGACAUGACUACUCCAAAGAAAUGCCCACAGAAGAUUAAUGUUCUCAUUCUCCUAGUGAAAAUAAGUGAUCAGCGAGGUGAUGGAUGGAUCUGAGCCAGUGUUCUUGCUGUGUGUUUGCACGUAUGGCUUCUAUGGGUUUACGUGACCUACGAGACCAUUGUUCAAGGAGACGAUGGAUGGCCAAGGUUCUCUGCCGCUAUGGAUUUACUGCUUGGGAAAGGAACAAGUCUACAGAUUGUCUGGCUCCCAGAGUAAAGAUGACUUUGUGGACCUUCCCAUAAAACACAAAGGCCUUUCACCUUAAAUAAUACGUCUCUAAUAAAGAAUAAUUCCUUCUAAUAAAAUCAGCGUAUUCAUCUGCAGACGAUUAGUGGCGUUCCCGCGGGGUGAAGCCAUUGUAUCACCGCGUUUUAAACAAACACUGACUUUGUUUACAAUAUCUAAUAAACUCUUGGUUACAUUUCCUACCACUUUCAUUUGGUUAUUACUGAAUUGCAGGGUUAUUUACUGGAUAAGGUGUGAAAUGUCUCUGGAAGUUCAAAUUUGGGGCCACAAUAACAGAAUUAGAAAAAUUCUCAAAGUCUGCCAUUUCACUUUGCUAUUUUUGGCCUCAAAUUUUUAAAUGUAACUUACUUCUCAACCGUUUUGCCAUUAGCGAAUAUCUGUUAUUGCACCCUGAUAAGUUACGUAGUUUUGUUUGUUCAGGAUUGCAAGCUCUUUGGCACAGUCUUGUGGGGAAUUGGUCCGUGACAGGGAAAGGCUUGUCGUGGUAUAAAAAGGUUUAUGAAUUUUACAAGUUAUAUAUACAAGCUAUAUAUUUUUUUAAAUCUAGCUUCUGGGAUUGAGCGGAUCCUGUUUUGAAUCUGUUUUCAUGCCCUGUGUUUAUUGAAAAUUCUUUUGAGUUCUAAAUGCUGCAAUCAUACGAGUCUUUGUGUUUAAGAGAAACGGAUAUUUAAAUAUCUAACUUUAAUUAUUUCUUAUUCCUCUGAUCUGGGUAAGUCUCAGCACUGUUUGUUUUUGAGUUUUCUUGCAAUAAAUCUAACUCGCAGUCAGUUCAUACCUCCCUGUUAUUUAGGCUCUUUGUAAAUCUGUACCCAUCUACGUGACACCAUCGCCACUCUGUGUCAUUCAGCAUCCUGCUGAUCUGGAACCUCCCUUUCGUCACAAUGCAUGGCUGUUGCUUAGAAAAACCACUUUCCUGAUGGAUUUAUAAAUCUCCUGUGUCCAGGAACAUGGGCUUUCUUUUGUUUCUGACGCUGCAAGAAAAGGAAAAAAAAAAAUCCUUUCCAGAGAUUAUUUUGCCAUUUAUUUUUCUGUAGCGCCAGCAUAUUCUGUACAAUGGGUAAGCUUGUUCUAUUUGUUGCUAAAUACUCAGCGUUAGGCAAUUCCUGAUUUAUUUUCUUAAUUGUGUAUGUGGUUGUGCCAGCCUAUACCAUCGCUCUGUACAAAUUACUUAUUAAAAAAAAAAAUUCAGAAUUUUUUUUUUUUUUAACUAAAUUUGGAAUUGGGUUUGUUAGCCACAAAUCAUUUAGUAAGUAAACAAUGAGAGGUCUGGCUUCCCCAGAUUAAAUAUUUAUAAUAUUUUAAAGGCAAAAUGUUUUGUUUGGAAUAAUGUACAUUGCAAUGGCUUCCCUAUUCUGCUCCAGCGAAUUUACCUUCCAUCCCAGAUAAACGUGUUAAAAGAGGCACUUGCCAAACUAGUGAUUGUAGAGGUAUUUUACAUGGUUUUAUAGACAUACUGGAAACCAGAGGGUCCUUCUUGUUAAAGCACCUCUUUCUGCAUGUCCUCGCACACAUUUCAUUAAACACCUGACGGUUGUUUUUAACAUUCCUGAAAUGACUGUGCUAAUUGUUAUGUAAUGUACCCACCCUCAGUCACUCCCUCCAAACACAGCUGGUCAUUAUCACUGCCAUGUCCUAAAUUUACCUGUCCACCCUUAAAACAAACUGUGUGUGUGUCUGUGUACACGAGGACUGUUAACCUCACCUGUGACGCUUCGCUGGGCUGUGCGUACAGUUUUAAUUAUCCCUCGCCCUUUUAAGUAAUUGAUACUAAAGUGUGGCUGUCGUGUUUUUAAAGUGGCAAGUUGACACCUAUGUAGAUAACUAAUCUGUAUCUCACACUGUGAUGGCUUAGUUACUGGCAAGUCUAAACAUCCAGACUCAUUCCUGUAUAGAGCGGGGAUCGUCACUUAGUUGAAUAAAACAUUGACAAUCACCUGUAACUUGUCAUUAACCUCUCUUUACAUGCCCUGUUUUGAUAAAUCUUUAAAGGGACACUGUAGGCACCUAGACCACUUCAGCUCAUUGAAGUGCUCUGGGUGCACCAUCCCUUUUGUACUUAGUGCUGCAGUGUUAAACGUUGCAGUUCCAGAGAACCUUUUGGUCCGGAAUCUGCCGCUCGGCAUGAGAACCUCCAGCGUCAUAUUGUUCCCCGUAGGAAAGCAUUGAUCAAUGCUUUCCUAUGGGGAAAUCCUAAUGCGAGCUCGGCCGUUCCUGCGCAAGCGCGUUACAUGUCUCUUGACGGCUGGAAUCAGGUAAGUUGCUGAAGCGGUUUUAACCCCUUCAGCACCACAAGGGGGGGGUGAGGGGGUGUGAGGGAAAGGGGCACCUUAGAAAUCUUUAGUGCCAGGAAAACGGCUUUAUUUUCCUGGCACUAUAAAAUCCCUUUAAUAUCAAUUUUAAUAUUAAUUUCAUUACAGUCCAGUUUAGGCAAAGCAAACAUUACCAAUGAGAGAACAUUGUUUCAUUUCCAGCUUUCGCUUUCUUGGCAGCCACGUGGCAAAAAGCAAAACUUGUAACAAUGGCUGACAGGGAGCCAAGAUGGAGGCGCCCAAUUGCAGGAAAUGAACCCGUGGAUUUUUUUUCACAGCUCACAAAUACAUAUUCUCUGUAUAUAAAGAAUACGUAAACGCAAAAUCCUGGGAAAUUGGGGCUCCCCUGUAAGUUCAUCUCUUUAUGGAGCACAAUAUUUCUUUGUGUGUGUGCAUUUAUUUUAUUUCUAUAUAAAUCGUAGAGAAUCAGACUUGGUUUGCAAUAUGUAUAUGUUUUUUUAUGGUAUAAACCUGUAAAAUGAGAUCCUAUCGGUGCAUGCACAGGUUUCGCCGGGGGGGGAAGAGCGAUCCCUCUAUCAUGCUUCAAGGGUAAUGUUCAAUAAAAGCAAGGUAUGUUACACAUGGUGCUUGUCAUGUUAAGGAUUUGACUUCCUUUUAUCUGACUCGCAGAGCAGCAAACCGUUCUCUUGCAGUUUGUCGAACCAGGCGUGACUGUACAGAUUAGUGGCCUGUAACCUGCAGCACAGCGAUACUGCCAGGGGAAAGCCACUGAUCUCGAUUCCACAAGUAAAGACUGUAUUCUACCUGUCGGCCCAUGUGAAACCAGCUGUUUGCCCUGUGUCUGGCGGCCUUCAAUAAUGGUGACUCUUCUGGACCUUGAUUCCCCAUGUCUAGUAAUUAUGACCAAAAUUUUGCAGGAACGUUGUUUUUCCACCAUAACUUGUUAAGUGAACAAAUGCCAGAGGCCUUUUAACUGCAAAGACUUGACCUUUUAAUAAAUCCAUGCCGGGUAUCCCAGCUAAAAACAAACAGCUAUUCCGCAAAGGACAUUUCACCCAGUAAGUAAAAAUCACUUUCUGGCCAAACUUCUGGUCACUGACCUAUUCUCUGACCUGUUCUCUGCUGUGUGGUAUAUUUGCUCCUAUAGUGGGGGAGAUGGGAAGUGGGAUUACAUUUCCCUACAAAGAGUGCACCAAAUGGGGUGUUGAUGGGGAUGGCGGACAAAAAUAUAAAUGAUUUAAAGAAGAAAAAAAAAACCCAAAAGAUCCACUGGUUGACAUAUCAACAUACCACUGAUUGUGUACAUUUUACAUCACUGUUGCCAACCAUAGCUUAAAGUAAAUCUUUUAACAUUUAAAAAUGAUUUGAUAAAAAUUAAAUGCUUAAGCCUAUUCUAGCGCAGGGAUACGCAAACUUUGGCACUCCAGAUGUUUUGGACUACACCUCCCAUGAAGCUUUGCCAGCAUUAUGGCUGUUAGAGCAUUGUGGUAGAUGUCCACGACAUCUAUAGUGCCAAAGGUUGCCUACCCCGGUUGGACAGUUUUCAAUGUAGAGCAUCCUUCACCUUUUUCCCCCUUAAAUAGAGUAACCAUCCAGUUUCAGUUAGAGGAAAUAAAUAUUAACCCUUUAUCAUUCUGACAAUGGAAUGUCUGUUUAACUCAGUGUUUGCUCACUCUCUCAGCCUGGCUCAUGGUUACCCCAAUCCGGUGCCUGGGGCUCUGUCUGAGUGUGUCCAGUGCUGCCAAUGGAUUCCCUUGGGCUGUGGCACCAACAAAAAUCAGAUACAGUGACUGCAGAGAAAACGCACAAUUUGUUUUAUUUAGAAAGCAUUUUAUGAGGAAGAAUACAGUGAGAUUCCUCUCGUUUUCUGAGUUUCCUUAUAAGGAAUUCCAUUGCCUAAAAUCUUCGUUUCCCUGAUUGAUAUGAUAGGAAGCGAAUAUAGCAGUGGUGAGUGCGGACGUUCUUUGCUUUCUAGAAAGAUGAGUUUGUGAUUGUGCACCAUCAGCAGCCCUGGAGGCAGGGUCACCUCUGAGAGAUGGAUUUCUGGAGCUGGCUGAAGGCUAGGGAUGUCGUCAUUGCCAGAUGUAAAGCUCCUGUAAUUUACAUAAUGCAGGGCUAGGCCUAAGGCAACGGCUGGAUGGCAAUUCUCAUCCUUCCAAGCUGACUGUAGGCUUGCUGAGGGUAUUGGGAGCUAUACCUGCUAUGUUUUCUUUAAUGCAAACUGUUAUAUUUGAUAACCCUUAUGUGAUCAGCAGCUCACUUGUCCAUCUAGUCGUCCCUACUGGUGGAAAUGGCUACCAUUUGCCAUUAAAUCUUCACUGUGGAUCCGGACCGCAAGUUAUACAUCGCUGUUUGGGAUCACAGCACCAUAACCACUGCACUAACUAUUAAUACUGUGAGCUGUAGUCAGGGUUUCUAUAACCACAAUGUUUUCAGGGACACAUGUAAUUUUGUCCUGCAGGAUUCUUCAUUGCCUGAUUAUUUAUUUAAUCUUGUACACCUUCUAAAUUCUACGUACUACAAGGCAACCCUUUUCACGUGCUGCUCGUCAGUGUGGGAGUGAAAACACUGUGGAUCAGGUAACUCUGGCUUUAGUGGAUAUGGUGCUCAGAGUAUCCCGGUUAGUAAUGGGGUGAGGUGGGGGAGGGGGGAUCCAUACAUUCUCAUGAUAGAUCGAUAGAUAUGUUUUAUUUUUUUUUUCUCUUUUGUAUAAAGCCCAUAAAGAAAUCUUUUAAACCGGAAGUAUGGCUAAAUCCGAUCAAACUGUAACAGUAGAUGUAUGUGUGGGCUUUGCAGCCCGGCCGUUGUGCAGCGUCACUCCAUUCUACUGUUACAAAGACAAAUUGCAGGCUGCGAUUUAAAUAACUGCUUUGUUUUGUCUGCCCGGCUCGUUCCUAAUUGGUACAUUUGGCGUGUUCCCAGCAAGCGGGUUUAACUCUGCCGGCAGGGUGGCAGCUGUUCAUGUGUGGUUUCCUGUUUUGAGACCGUGCUUGCAGUGCUACUAGUUAAUUCACUGCCCUCUUUACAAGCGAGGGGCUUCCUGCCAAAAUAAAAACACAUACAGUAAUAAAAUCUCGAUUCAACCCAAACUUGCCUUUACCCAUAACUCCUUGCUCCCUGUCUGGUCAUUAUCCCGGUUUAUUGGCCCUGGACGAGGCUUGAACCAAGUAUUUGGCAGCCCGUUAGUUUGUAGCAUUGCAGUGUAUUGGAGGGGAAGAGUCUCCGGCCUCCAGGGAGAAGCUGUAUGUUGCUUUCCUCACUCAGCCAUUUUUUCCUGUGACUAGCACACAUUAGCAAUCCGAUCAGGAUUCCUCUGGUCUCAGACCCUGUGCUAUUCUUGCAUUGACCAGCCUGUUGUUGAGGGUGCGUGCUCUGGGAUUGCAGCCACUCUUGGAAUAUCUGGGAUGGCCUACAGAGACAGUCUUUUUUUUUUUUUUAAUUUUUUUUUUUUUUCUUUACUGAAUGUGCUUACUCACAGGUUUCAGAUGGGAACAUUAUCCAGUAGACCCAAUCCCCGAUUAUACCCUACAGGCCUGGUCCUCAACGGGAUGUCAAGGCCCAGCACAUCUGUCCAAAAGAGCUUACAUUCUAACACAACAUGCAAAUUCUGUCUUGCAUACAUUCAUCUUUGCUGAUGAAUGGAGACCUUAAUUGUGAUGUUUAGCAAGUUUAAAAAAAACAAACUUUAUAUUUUGCAAUAUGUAACUAGGGUUAAUGGACAUUAAGUGGUGUUUCUUGUGUUUUUUUUGCAGAUUUACAAUAAUUUCUAAAGGAUUGCAGUGAAAUAGACUGUAUUGCUCAUUUUCAAUUUGUAAUCUGCAAAUUACCGUUUUUAUGUACAGUUAUUUAUUUAUAAAAUAAUUUACCAGGAUGGAUACAUGGAGAUUUCUCUCGUAUUCAAGUAUGUCCUGGGUCCACAAAACAUUACAUUGUUACAAAAGGAUAUCUUAUAAAAAAAAUAAUAAUAAAUAUAUACCACAUAACAGGUGAUAAAUAUAUAUUCAUCCAUGACAUGUACAUUCUGUGCGGAGUUAUAUUGCCAUAGAUCUCUUAAACGAUUUUAGACUGAAUGACGAUCUGACUGUGUCCCUGAGGUCAUUCCAUAAUUGCGGUGCUCUGUAGGAAAAGGAGGAUCGAGCCACUUUAUUUUUGUAUUGCAGUAUGCUAAAUAUCGUGCUAGUACUGGAUCAGAGGUUGUAGGAGGUGGGAACAGCCGGGGAGAGCAUUCUACUCGGGUAGGGUGGGAGCUUCCCAGAAAUGCAAUUAUGUACAAGGCUGGAAAGAUGAAAAAAGUGUGUCAGGAUUUCAGCGACAGUCAGUUUCGCACUUUUAACGUGUCACAAUAGUGGGUAAAGUAAUUACAUUCUGGUACAAAGCGGCAGAAUGAAUUAUAUAAUGCAUUAAGUUUAUUAAGGUUGGUUUGCGGUGUGGGUGCAUACACUACAUCCCCAUAAUCCAUGACCAGAAUUAGCAUUUGUUGCACUAUAUGUUUCCUUACUGUAGGGCUUGGGCAGGAUUUGUUUCUGUACAGGGCACCCAGUUAUGGGUAAAGUUUUGACGAGAUUUUUUUCAAUGUGAAGGCCAAAGGAUAGAUUGGGGUCUAGCAACAUACCUAGAUAUUGAAAAGAGCAGACUACUGUCAGUAUGCUACUUGAAUUUCUUCUGAUACACGGUUGUUGUGUUUUUUUUUUUUUUUGUUGUUUUUUUAAACGUAAUUUAGGUACAGUUCCAAAGAUCUAACAGUUUAUUGUCAGUGUUUAGGAAGAGUUUGUUAUCAGCUAUUAUUUUAUUUAUAUAGCUCCAUCAGAUUCCGUAGCGCUGUAUAAAGGGUGGACUAACAGGCAUUUAAUUGUAACCAGACAACUCUAUGUACAGGAACCUGCUCAAUGAGCUUACAUGCUAGAGGGAGUGGGGUAUAGUGACACAGUAACAGAGGGAUUGAGGGCCCUGCUCAGUGAGUUUACAUGUUAGAGGGAGUGGGGUAUAGUGACACAGUAACAGAGGGAUUGAGGGCCCUGCUCAGCGAGUUUACAUGUUAGAGGGAGUGGGGUAUAGUGACACAGUAACAGAGGGAUUGAGGGCCCUGCUCAGCGAGUUUACAUGUUAGAGGGAGUGGGGUAUAGUGACACAGUAACAGAGGGAUUGAGGGUCUGCUCAGUGAGUUUACAUGUUAGAGGGAGUGGGGUAUAGUGACACAGUAACAGAGGGAUUGAGGGCCCUGCUCAGUGAGUUUACAUGUUAGAGGGAGUGGGGUAUAGUGACACAGUAACAGAGGGAUUGAGGGCCUGCUCAGUGAGUUUACAUGUUAGAGGGAGGGGGUAUAGUGACAGUAAUAGAGGGGUUGAGGGCCUGCUCAGUGAGUUUACAUGUUAGAGGGAGUGGGGUAUAGUGACACAGUAACAGAGGGAUUGAGGGCCUGCUCAGUGAGUUUACAUGUUAGAGGGAGUGGGGUAUAGUGACACAGUAACAGAGGGAUUGAGGGCCUGCUCAGUGAGUUUACAUGUUAGAGGGAGUGGGGUAUAGUGACACAGUAACAGAGGGAUUGAGGGCCUGCUCAGUGAGUUUACAUGUUAGAGGGAGUGGGGUAUAGUGACACAGUAACAGAGGGAUUGAGGGCCCUGCUCAGUGAGUUUACAUGUUAGAGGGAGUGGGGUAUAGUGACACAGUAACAGAGGGAUUGAGGGCCCUGCUCAGUGAGUUUACAUGUUAGAGGGAGUGGGGUAUAGUGACACAGUGACAGAGGGAUUGAGGGCCCUGCUCAGUGAGUUUACAUGUUAGAGGGAGUGGGGUAUAGUGACAGUAACAGAGGGAUUGAGGGCCUGCUCAGUGAGCUUACAUAUUAGAGGGAGUGGGGUAUAGUGACACAGUAACAGAGGGAUUGAGGGCCUGCUCAGUGAGUUUACAUGUUAGAGGGAGUGGGGUAUAGUGACACAGUAACAGAGGGAUUGAGGGCCUGCUCAGUGAGUUUACAUGUUAGAGGGAGUGGGGUAUAGUGACACAGUAACAGAGGGAUUGAGGGCCUGCUCAGUGAGUUUACAUGUUAGAGGGAGUGGGGUAUAGUGACACAGUAACAGAGGGAUUGAGGGCCCUGCUCAGUGAGUUUACAUGUUAGAGGGAGUGGGGUAUAGUGACACAGUAACAGAGGGAUUGAGGGCCCUGCUCAGUGAGUUUACAUGUUAGAGGGAGUGGGGUAUAGUGACACAGUAACAGAGGGAUUGAGGGCCUGCUCAGUGAGUUUACAUGUUAGAGGGAGUGGGGUAUAGUGACACAGUAACAGAGGGAUUGAGGGCCCUGCUCAGUGAGUUUACAUGUUAGAGGGAGUGGGGUAUAGUGACACAGUAACAGAGGGAUUGAGGGUCCUGCUCAGUGAGUUUACAUGUUAGAGGGAGUGGGGUAUAGUGACACAGUAACAGAGGGAUUGAGGCCCUGCUCAGUGAGUUUACAUGUUAGAGGGAGUGGGGUAUAGUGACAGUAACAGAGGGAUUGAGGGGCCUGCUCAGUGAGUUUACAUGUUAGAGGGAGUGGGGUAUAGUGACACAGUAACAGAGGGAUUGAGGGCCCUGCUCAGUGAGUUUACAUGUUAGAGGGAGUGGGGUAUAGUGACACAGUAACAGAGGGAUUGAGGGCCUGCUCAGUGAGUUUACAUGUUAGAGGGAGUGGGGUAUAGUCACACAGUAACAGAGGGAUUGGGGGCCUGCUCAGUGAGUUUACAUGUUAGAGGGAGUGGGGUAUAGUGACACAGUAACAGAGGGAUUGAGGGCCUGCUCAGUGAGUUUACAUGUUAGAGGGAGUGGGGUAUAGUGACACAGUAACAGAGGGAUUGAGGGCCCUGCUCAGUGAGUUUACAUGUUAGAGGGAGUGGGGUAUAGUGACACAGUAACAGAGGGAUUGAGGGCCUGCUCAGUGAGUUUACAUGUUAGAGGGAGUGGGGUAUAGUGACACAGUAACAGAGGGAUUGAGGGCCUGCUUAGUGAGCUUAUAUGUUAGAGGGAGUGGGGUAUAGUGACACAGUAACAGAGGGAUUGAGGGCCUGCUCAGUGAGUUUACAUGUUAGAGGGAGUGGGGUAUAGUGACACAGUAACAGAGGGAUUGAGGGCCUGCUCAGUGAGUUUACAUGUUAGAGGGAGUGGGGUAUAGUGACACAGUAACAGAGGGAUUGAGGGCCCUGCUCAGUGAGUUUACAUGUUACAGGGAGUGGGAUAUAGUGACACAAAAGGUAAAAGUAGGGGUAUGAAGUAAGUUGUUAGAAAAAUAUAUGCUGAGGGCUUAGUAGGUAAUAUUUGACAGUUGCAGGAGAGGAGUCGUGGAGGGUAAAAACCUGCUAACAGUUUAAUUGAUAUGCUUUCUUGAAGUGAGUUUUCAAUGAUUUUUUUUUGAGUGGAGACUGGGUGAAAUUCUUAUGGAGGAGGGAAGGGAGUUCCACAGAAGAGAUGCAUCCCUGGAAAAGUCUUGGAGGCGAGCGUUGGAGGUGGGAGUACGGACAGAGGAUAUACGUAGGUCUUUGGCAGAGCGUAGGGGCCUCGAUGGGACAUACUUGUGUAAUAGGAGGAUAGGUAGGUUGGAGCUGCAUUAUGUAGGGACUUGUAAGCAAGCACCAGAAUUUUAAAUUGAGCCCUAUAUCUAACUGGGAGCCAAUGCAGGGACUGACAGAGUGGGGAGGUGUGGGAGGUGCGGGCAGACAGGAAAAUGAGCCUUGCUGCCGCAUUCGUUAUAGAUUGCAACGGUGCAAUCUGGGAACACGUAAGACCAUUAAGAAGAGUAUUGCAGUAGUCCAGGCGAGAGAGAACAAGAGCACGGACCAGCACCUUAGCCACAUGUGGGGUUAGAUAGGGGCGGAUGCGCGCUAUGUUUUUGAGAUGGAAGCGAUCGGAUUUGGCGAUUGAUUGGACGUGAGGGAUGAAGGAGAGGUUGGAGUCAAAAAUAACACCCAGGCAGCGAGCAACACUUGAGGGAGGAAAGACCAGAAGUUCUGUUUUGGACAGGUUGAGUCCUCUGUGAAUUGGUUAUGUAAAUGAUCAAUCUCCAGCAAUAUUUUCCUAUAAAACUGGCCACAUCCCACUGCGACUUUACGACUUGCUACUCCCACCCAAUUCAAAAAUGGGUUAAAUAAUGCUCUCUGUGCUAAAAUGGUGAAUGCAGAAGUGUGACCCGGGGGGGUGAGUGCUUAGUGUUUUUGUUUUUUUGAUGGGGGAGGGUGAGUUGUUCCCGUGUCAUAUUUUCGCAUCUUUUCAUGGUGGUCGGGAUUUACAUUUCCUUGUUGUGGUGCGUGCUGGCGAGUUACGCCAUUGUGGAAUUCCUAUUGUUCUAGCCCUUUAUUUGCAAGGAAUUCUCAGACAGAUUGUGUUUCGAGGAUCGCUCCUGAUCACCGGAGAUCACAUUUCUUUGGUACAAAUGCAGCUGAAGUUACAGACGUGCUAACUAGAUCAAGUGUUCUUUACAGGAAUAUAAUCUAUUUCAAUGUACAAAAUGCUGCCAUCCUCUCUGGGAUAAGCUGUAUAGAAGUCUUGCUUAUUGGCUGGUGCGCUGUUUGGGGGGUCUCUUACAUUUUGAAAGAAGCGAAGAUUGGACCAAUCAGGAUUUUUAUGUAUUUUAUUUAGACGUUUGAGUACUCCUUCCCGCAGAUCUAAUGAAAGCCGCUUUCUAUUAAAUAAACGCUAUCAAGAGAAGUAUAACUUUUUAAACAUUAGGUUUCGCUUUCCUUGAAAGUAUAGCAAUAUAAAAUAGCUUUCAUGCCUUGAUGAAGGUGUUGUCACCAAGAUAUCUUCACUGGGUGUGGAGCUGAGUAAUGCAAACAUUUCAAAUGAUGUUCACAUGUUUUAUUAACCAACUAACUACAGCUAAAUCCGAUAUCAAAAGAGCAGGUUUAAUAUUAAGAAAUGCAUUGCCUAAAGUUUGAGCACUAUAUAUUUAUUGCCCCUCCACCCGACCGCUUAUUAUAGAGAAGUGCUGAAUUCAGUACAUCGAACACGUCAUCAGCGCCUGUGUGUAAAAAUCUAAGCGUUGAUAUAUCUCGCAUAAAAUAUAUAUAUUGGGAUGGAGCAUUAAAAAUGGAAGGCCUGCACCAGAGGACUCCAGACACUAUAACCACUUCUAUUAGAUAAAGCAGAUCGUGCCAACCGUGUCCCUUUAAGGGAUUUAGAGAGACUUGUCUGUACGGUCCCAUUCUGCUAGUACACUGCUGUGCUAAAUGAAAUGAGCUUUAUUUGUAUAUCCAUAGAUUCCUUUAUGUGACUGGGCCAAACGACGUGGGGCAGAGGCAUGUGCCACGUCUGUUGGUGAGUGGCCAAUUCCGAAUGGAGAAAGUGGUUUUAUUUUUUUGGAUACAUCUUUAAAUCCCUGAAUGCAAGAUGGUGAUCUCAGGCCAAAACCCACACGUUUUCUGAAUUAUCCUCUGUUUAUCCAGAAGCUUGCUGCUUCUGUUUCCUUAAUUACGUCACUCAGACCGUCUAGAAUUUCACAACGAACAAUUCUUUUAUUAACAUUGAAUCGGGUACCGACUUACUCAUAUCUCUCAGAGAUCUCACACAUUCCUUUUACCAAAAAUCACCCUAAAACACACCUCUGACUUAUGUUUUGCAGAACAUCGCAUUACUGCCCCACCUGAUUUUAAGGGAGUUACCCCAUCACUCCCAGCCGUACCUCCCUAAGGGAUGAUGUCACCAUAAAGGCUGCAGAUGUCACCACUCCAAAACUGCAGAUGUGCAGAACAUUAUGGAUAAAUCUAUACAUUGCCAGGUGUGCUGGUGAUGAUUCAGCUUUAAACUCGUUUUAUUGCUGUACGAGUCGCUAGCAGUCCAUCCCCUCUGUGCUGCUUGGGCUAACUAGGAAGUAUUAACAUGCGCAGCGAAGGGUGCUUGUGAUUGGCAGAGAGUGUCAGCUGUCAGUUUUCAGCCUAUCACAGCACCCAUUGCUGGUAUGAAUUGGUAUGGCUAGAAGAUAGUAUGUCAUCUGUUUUAGCCACAGCCGCAGCAGGGGCAGGGCUACGGGAAGUCUUUAUAAACUCACUCAAAAUGGUUUAACCCUGAAUGGAGGGACAGCGAAAGCACUAUAACCACUUCAAUAAUAUUAAAUGGGUGUAAUGUCUACAGUGUCCAUUUAAUCAAGUAUUUUAUAAAUAUAAUGGGAUAAGGAGUGUUCACAUUGUUAUCAGCACUGCAAAAAGUUCUGCUCAUUUUAAAAGGUAUUCGAGAUUCUGUUCUGCUUUUUACACUAAUCUCAAUAUACAAUACAACCUGUUGUCUUUUCAGGGAAAUUCUAAUGCAGGGUCCCCUUUCUCCUAUCUCUGGGAACAAGUUACCCCCUGGUUGCAUGUUACCGGGUUGAUAGUUCGGUUUCGUGCUUAUUGUGGAUUUUGUUCUUAGACCUCCUUGAUCAUUGGGAGAGGUGUAUAGCGUUUCCUGCACCGUUCCCAGCACAUUGUCUACACACAGGUACCAUUCACAGGCCUGACAGAGGGACAUUGUGUGUAUUUUGGGUGCCAGGAGGUGCCUAUCCUUCCUGAGGGGUUAGUCAUAUCCUAAAACCUUCUGAUCUAUAGCCGUGCCCCUACUUUGCAUGUAUUAACAAAUUCCUUCCAUGACCUCACCUCAUAUUACAUCAUAGGUGGUGCACACCGCGCAAUUUAUAAAACAAAAUCCUAAUUUACAGCAGUUUAUUUCCCCCCCCCCUCCAACCCCCAUUAUUUUUGCAUUGUUCAUUUAAUUACACACAGCAAGUCUUAUUACGGUUUCUCCAAAGCAUUUUACAGGCCCCUCCGGGCGAGGCGGAGUUAAUCCAUACGUUGCUUCACACGCCCUAUGCUUAUAAAAUUUCCACACUGCGUGUCUGGGCUGCCAAGGCCAAGCUCACGUCAGAUGAUGGGAACUGACAGCUUCAUUGUAGGAUAUUGUGUCUUUAAAAUACUUUUAAUUCCUAAAUAAACUGCACAUUUCCUCUACAGGUGAAAUCCUGCUUUCCGUUUUCAAUCAGAUUUAUUUAAAAUUUCCUUUUUAAUCCGUAUUGGCACAGACACAUCCUGGUGUCUGCUAUUUACUAUUCUCCAGACGCACUGUGCUUCACUUUGUUCUGAUGGUGGGAAGGGCAUGAAAAGUGCUUGUGGUAUGUAGACUUGGCAUGUUGCUGGAAGGAAGUCAAUUAAUUGUUCAAUGAAGCUUCUCUGGAAUCCAUCAUGAUUAGGCGAUCUUCCUCUUGCGUUAUAUGUGCUAUACAUUGCCCGUGGCGGCAUGGCAUUUUACGGCUCUCGGCGCAACACAUCUCUUGGGAAUUACAAGUGAGCAAUUUAUUUUUUACAAUCUGGGGGCAUGUGGCCAAUGGCUGUCUGGCGUUGGUAUGCUUCGCAUGCUGGUGUCAGACACAAGCUAUGCACAGAAUUGCCAUUAGCCAGCCCAGAACUCUUGUUCCUUCUAAUGACUCCCCAAUGACACAAACAGAAGGAGUUAAACCUCUGGCAAAUCAGAGGUUAAAGGACCACUAUAGUGUCAGAAAAACACUAGUUUUCCGGGCACUAUAGUGCCCUGAGGGUGCCCCCACCCUCAGGGUCCCCCUCCCGCCCGGCUCUGGAAGGGGUAAAAACUUACCUUUUUCCAGCGCUGGGCGGGGAGCUCUCUGCCUCCGAUCCUCCUCCGUUCCUCCCUUUUGGCUGAAUGCGCGCACGCAUUCAGCCGGUCGCAUAGGAAAGCAUUAUCAAUGCUUUCCUAUGGACACUUGCGUGCUCUCACUGUGAUUUUCACAGUGAGAAUCACGCAAGCGCUUGUAGCGGCUGUCAAUGAGACAGUCACUAGAGGAUUUGGGGGAAGGCUUAACCCAUUCAUAAACAUAGUAGUUUCUCUGAAACUGCUAUGUUUAUAAAAGAAUGGGUUAAGCCUAGCUGGACCUGGCACCUAGACCACUUCAUUAAGCUGAAGUGGUCUGGGUGCCUAGAGUGGUCCUUUAACUGCUCUGUAAAUGCACAUACAGAGUUUAAUAGUGAAAUGUUGCACAUACAUACACCAAGCACCAUGACCACUUCAAAUCAGUUAUUUAGAUUAACCCUAUAACCUGCAUCUUACAAUUCAGGUUUCAGUGUAUAUCACAGUUUAGUGAAUAAGCCCUGUUUUUGCCAGCACAAUAUCUAGGUAUCGUUUUCCAUAAAGUCUUGUCAUGCCUGGUGCGCUGUUAAAUCUCUUUAAAACCGAAGGACUGGCCUUUUAGUACAAUUUGCAAUGUGUGUGGCUGGCAAUCUGUCUUGUGAGCACGUGGCUCUGAAUUAAUAGAACGAUAAUCUCAGAAUGCAUCACCUUUUAUUAAACAUACCUCCAUGCAGAUUGGCAAACUUCCCAGACUGCUACCAUGGCAACAGCAAUCCGAAAUCUACCCUCACCCGAGAGUGACUUUAUCAGAAUAUAUAAUCCUUUCAUUCUAUACAGUGAUACGCUAGGUUUUCCGCAUUGGGCAUUUGUUGCCAGAGACUCAGCUGACACAUGAACUGUCUCCUGCAAAUAUGAUGAGUGCAGAACGUUUCAAUCCCUGAUUAAAGGGAGUCCGAACCGGUUUAAUACACAGUGCGUUGGACGUUACUGGUGCACCCUAUGUCUACUUGUUGCCCCAGUGUCCAGACUUUUCUUUAGUCUAUAGUCACUGUGAAAGUCAUUUUAGGGAUAAUCUAGUCUGACUGCAAGAUGCAGUGACCAGGAAGUGGCUGAUAUUUCCCAGCCACGUCCUGUGCCGUUCGUUCAUUUUCAUGUGGGAAUUAAUUCACAUUAAUGAGAUUUCACAUGGCUGCAAAUUCUGUCAUUAAAAAUGUUUUGAAACCGUGUGUGUAUGCAUGUAACAGCUGCAAGUGGGUGAGCGGGUUUAAUCACUUCCUCUUCUGAAGGAUUUGUUUUCUUCCACUAAAUAUUUAUCUCUUGUCCUGCAACCAUAGGUGAUGGCUGUAUGUUUGUGGUUUGUUUAGAUUGACUCGCUGUCCGAUGCCCUGCUGUUGCUCUGAUACCUAGUCUGUCUGCAGAUGAUAAAGAGGGUUCUGGUGAAUACUGUCCUGCGAGUCUGACGCAGCUUGUUUGGAAAUGAAAAACUGUUGCAUUUACACAAGGCAACAUGGUUUUCUGAAAUGUGAUGUUUAAACUCCGACCAGACGAUGCCACAAGCUUGCAUCCUGACUUUCCCACAGUACAUCAAUGGCUGUAGUCUUAAUUCCUUGCAUUUUUGUGUCCAGGCAAUGCCCUGGGUAAAUAUUUUUCCUCGACUCAGUCGUUCCAUAAAAUCAGGCGUGCGACAUUGCAUGAUGAGUAGGGUGUGAUGUGCGACCACAUUCCAGGUUGCCAAGUGAUGCCCUUUAAAUUCUGUAUGCAGGCCUGCGAUUGGCUCCCAGCCAGAAGGCGCAGAGGAUUGGUGCUGGUGGCUGAACAUAUUUCACUGACACAGAGAGGGCUCCUUAUAAAGUCCAAAAUGUAGAAUUAAAAGUAACUAAUCAUCUUAGAAAAGUGUAAAAUGAACUAAACCCUUUUGACACCCUCCCGCUUUCCUUCUGUAUUCCUAUACUAUUUGAAAACAAUAAAGAAUACCCUAUAUAAAAGGGUAAAAUAUGUAACACCACACCCUCAUACGGGUGGGGAAAAAAGGGUUGUUCAAAAUAUAUAUAUAAUUUAUGGGAGAAACAGAAGGAACGUAAUAUAGAGUUCAAGUUGAAUUCUUUAUUAAAUUCCCUCAGUCUCGUGUUUUGUUAGGCUUGGGAACAGGACGAUAUGUCAUUAGAAUGGAAAAGUGAUUUCACUCACAUAUACAUUAAAAGCAGUGUUUAUAAAAGACUUCAUUCAUGGCAGGAGAUGUAACAUUAAUAAAACUGGAACAGUCUGACCGAAGGAAUUAAAAUAGAUCUAUUGUACAUUUUAUUAUCAAAAUCAUUUGCCUGAUUCUGUUUGGUUUUUAUUUGAAUUUUUAUUUAUUUAUUUUUCUUUAAAUUAACAUUUAUAUGAAGAAUUCUAGAACUUCUUAUCACGCUGGGUUUAAUUUGUAAACCGUGAAUGACUGACUAAAUAAAGGCAACAUUUGGAAACCUUGCUUGGCUACAGCCACAUUUUGCCCAUAAUGUUACUUUUUUGUAUUUGUAUUCACUGCAAUUCAUUAUAUUGUGGAUAAACCGCUUGGUAUUAACUGUAGAUGUAAAUUGCUGCCCAUAGUAUACAUUUUAUUAUGGAGUUUAAAAGGACGGCCAUUUUCCUAUUCCUGCGUUUGCAGAGAGAGCGACAGCCGAUUCAUGUGUCGUUAUUUCGCUAAGUACCUUGCAGAAGCAUCGUAUGAAGAUAUAAACUUAUCAGCUGUUAUUUUACACUGUACUUACAUGUCUAUUAUAGAAGAAUAUUACAUUAUAAAGGCCAGGCCACAAGGGUUUACAGACUAGGCCUCAAGCCUGUCUGCUGCGUCCGAUUUUCCUACAUUGGGUUAUUAACUAAACUCUUUACUUAAACUGAAAAAUGGCAAAAUCCAAACUAUGACGAUCGUGAAGUUAGUAACUUUUAUUUUGCGAUUUUAUUUAUUUUAUUUUAUUUUUUUUGGGGGGGGGGUUUUCUAUGAAUAGGCCUCAGUGGAUAUGACGCUGUGACUCUGACGAGAAACUGACAUGUCCGUUUCUUAGUUACACAAACAGUGGAGCACCUUAAAUAGCGUUGGGUGUUACAGAGUGGAACGCGUAGCUGGGAUGUGGAAAUAAACAUGGCUGUGGUUUGCUGCUGCUCACGGUUUAGAGAGGGAAAUGGUGGAAGGACGGUGUGUACCAAGAAUAAAACUAAUCACAUGCCCUGUGUUCCAGGGCCGAUUCCGCUCCCUCAGAAGCUGUUAGCUGAAAUUAAAAUGUUUAAUAUUAAGUGUUUUUUCAAUCUGCUGAAAUAACUUGAUGCGGAAAUGAGGCAUCACAUUGACUGGUAUUUUAUACAGUCUGCACAGAGGAAGUGGCUUGUGUUUUGGUCUCCGUACAAACUUUUACUUAUAUUAUUUAUUUAGUUCAGCAGCUGCUUGUGCAGAAUUCACAAAGUAAGUGUUUAAGUAAAAUUUUACCUAUAUAUUUUUAUUUUUUUUAUUUUUUUUAACGGACUCACUUUAGUUUAUUUGGGGCAUCAAACCCCAUUGAAUUCUGUUUGAGCUUUCCCCCUAUAUAAUUCACUGUUUAGUGAAUAGGUUCCUUGGUUAGGAAGAGCCUGACCAAGGAACAAGUUCUGUGACGUUUAUUUACUAAUCCAGUUCUCUAAUGUAGAGAAUAGAUAAACAAAUUACAAAUUUAGGGCUGCAAUAGUCCAGAUUUGAUUUUAUUUUUUCUAAAAAAAAAAAAAAAAAUUAAAAUUUUAGUGAAUAAACUGACUUUCUCCAUUUGUGGUGAAGAAAUAUUAAGAGACUUUACCAUGGAACACACAGCUCUGUGUUUUGUUAAACUUGUGACUGACAAAAUAAAAACCAUUGAGAGUAUUGCAUGUGAAGGAUGCGAUUUAUUUUGUUGCUGUAUACGUAUGGCCCGCGGCUCUGCGAAGUCUACAUCCACAUAAAAAAUCUGUGCCCCCGGGCUUACAUUUCACCUUUUUGUAUGUUGCUGUAUCUCUCUGGUUGACCUGAAUGCAGAAUAAUGGGAAGCCCCCCUUUAGUUAGUUGAAAAUCUGAUAGCUUUCGUGGAGAAAAAUUAACAAGGCCAGUUUCUCCAGAGCAGCCUAUAAUCACUGAAAAAAAGAAUUAUCUAAAAAAGAAAAAGAAAAAAACAAACCAAAAAAAACCCCUCACCAUGAACAUCCAAUUAGUAGGUUGAUGAAUGGAUUAAAGGAACACUCCACUGUCCCAAAACAAAACCCUAUUUAGGUACCUGCAUCAUGUUUCAUUGGAGGUAUGUUUACUAAUUCUGCAUUUAUUUUUCAUUGAGGGUAUAUCUAAAAAAAAAAAAAAACAGCUUAGAAAACCUGCAGAUCUCUCGUCUGCUGCCUUUGCAAGCCCUCCCCUUCUAACCCCGCCUAUACUGUAUGUGACUGUCCAAUCAGAGACUGCCCAAUGCAGCUCAAUGUGAAGUGUUUGAAAGUGGUCUGAAGUUUCCAUUUAAAUACGAGAGAGCCCUGUAUUACACCAGAUGCAGCCUAGGUGAGUCGUUUUAAUUUACCCCGGCUGGUUACCCCUCCAUUGUUGGAGUUAGUAGGCCACAUUCAUCAUUCGGUCCUUGAGCCACGCUUUCCUUUCUUCUUUGCCUUGUUGACACUCAUUUUCUCACAUUUUUGGGCGAGGCGGCAUAGGUGUGACUGGCGUACUUUGUCAGAAAAUACCUUGUAAAUCCCGAGUGUUUAUAGAAACCACAGUCUCAAGUGCAGUGCAGAUUUUGCUCUUUAAUGGAUUGGUUUGAUUGUCAUUGCUAAUCUCCAUCUUGAACCAUCUGAUUUAUUGCCGAUUUAAAAACAUGGAAGCAGGCAUUAACGUUUUGUUUUAUCGCUAGCUUUGGGAUCAUUUGUACCCGUUUUGCCAACCUGCUGUAGAGGAAAUAGGAUGUGUUUAUAAUCUUCAUUUAUCUUCUUCAUCCCAACCUACUCUAUAGAACCUUUCAGCAGGAAAGGGGUUUACUAACGUAUCUAUUAUCUAAUUUUGUAUGUCCUCUUGAUAAGGGCGGCCAUUUAUUCUGCCAGUUCCUAUGAUGUUACUCCACCAUAUCUCCACCCGUUCUGUCCCUGCGUCAUGGUAGCUUUUUGGAAUUGUGACUCGUACCACUGAUGGUAUCGUGUAUCUACAGGAUAGGUAAAUGGCCCACUGGUCACCGUGCAAAACAUGCCAUCAUAAAACAAUAGUGGGAUAAUUAUCAGCAAAUUGAGAAUUUAAUUGCAGAUGGAUUCCCUGAUAUUUAAUGUUUGCUUAUAUAGCAAGUACAGAUUUCGUCAAGAUAUAAGAAAACAGGAAAAUUAUGACACACAGUCCAAAACUUUCAGUCCUGGAGCCAAAUGGUGUUCCCAAGUGCUUUGGUGUUUCAUGGACACAGAGAUAAAAAGAAAAAACAAUGGUGUAGUAUGUUUUAAAAGUCGGUAUCAGAAACUUAUAAAGAGAAAUUUAUUCCCUUACCAUCUCAUCUUCUAUUGCUCCCCAACUCUUAGUUUAAUUUACAGAACAGAGAAUUAAAACUUCUAAAGCAAAUUAAGGUCUGAAUGAAAAUGUAAGCCAUUUUUGUAAUGCAGUCACAGCCAGGGGCGGUGUGUCUAGGGCUGUAUAAACAGAAACAAAAGUGAUUUCACCCCUAAAUGGCUGAGAAUUGAGCAGUGAGACUGCAGGGGCAUGAUCUGUACACUCUGCAUGGGUGUGAUUAAAGGAUAUCUUUGCUAGACAUGCGCGCUGUGUUUAAUGAGCACAGCAUUCAGGAGGGCAGCAGAGAGACUGGCAUGAUCUGGCUUUAACAUGUUCUUCUGCUGCAGGGCAGACAGCGAUAUUUGGGCACGGUUUGAUAUUUAGUUUCUGUCUGUAAGAUGGAAAGUGAGGGGUGUAUAACCCCCUCCCCCAGCCCAUAUACAGUCUGCUUCUCGCCUGCAUUCUGCGUGGCUGACAUCACUGCUAGACGCUCCGUACCAUUCCUAUAACGCUGUCCAGAUCGCCUUACCUCAUGGUUAGAAGGAAGCAGACUGUUUGUUUUAUUCCAUAGUACAGGGAGUAGAUCCUGGAGAGGUCACAAUCUGCUUAGGGACUUAUCAUGAGUCCAGUGACCCCCUCCAUGGGCACCGUGGCACAUGGGGAUGACUAACAUACAGAGGUUUAUUUAUCUGCACCAGUCACUAAAACUUGAAGCCUCAGGAACUCAAAACUAACUGGGAACAUUCAUCAAGUCCACUGUGCUUCCAGACCAGCUAUUUGUGCCUUAAAUCUGAAAUUCACCUUACCGGGGUUAUUUAGUAAAGUGCAAAUGAUCUGGAAUUGUGAAGAAUUGAUAUGGAAAUUACAAACUUUAAUUGAAAAUACUGAAAUGACUAAAUUCUCCAACUCCACUCAGUUCCUACUUAAAAGGAGUGUGACUAUUUUGACUAUUUUAUAUUUUAUAACUGUCCACUUUGUCCAUUCUCAUCUACAUUGUUCCACUACCAUCUCUCCUGAGCAGAUGUCCUAGUAUGUACAACCCUUUUCUCAAUCUAUAUAUUCUAAAGUUACAAUCAAAUUAUGUCCUAUUGACGGAGCUGCCCCCUUUAUUUUAAUUUUUUAAAUAUAUAUAUCCGAUCAUUGUGGCCUGGUGUAAUAUCUCAUUCAGCCCUGUAUAGCACAGUUUUGUGGCUGCGUGGCCAGGUAGAUAAUGACCCCCAUUCGGUUAUAGUGCAGACACGAACUAUUUAAUAGUCAGUGGAUGGGAUUCCGAUAUCACACUGCGUGACUCAUUGCUACAUCAUUUCUGAUUUCACCAGAAUCACAUUUCCUGUUGAACAAAUAGAGACAUUUUUAAGAUUUUUGCAGCUGUGGGGAAAUUUUAUAUAGUUUAAUGCUCUGAAGAUAAAGAAAUAUAUUAUUUUUAUCUUUUUUAAUGUGUUUUUGAAAAUCUUCUUGGUUCCCCCCUCCUGUGGCGUGCAGGUCAGUGAAGGGUUAAUAAAUCAGUGGAUUGAGGUUUUUUGUUUGUUUGGUUUUUUUGAUGUGGGCCCCCCAAGAUUAACAGCCAUGGGAGGGGUUGCCUUAUUUUUUUUUAUAUAUCAGGAUAAUGCUUCCUGUGGAUGCGGUCCAUGAAAGCUAGCAUCUGGUAGCUCUGCGCUGAGCCUCUGUAAUUCUAAGACUCCCUGAGCAUGUGGUGAGCCUGGCGUUUUUAGAAGGCCCGCUCUCCAGACUCUAUAAUUGGGCUCCAUGCUGACAGAGCAAGUCCAAGGCUUUUAUUCUCUUCAGUAACGAAACCGUCAAUAGACUGAGAAUAUCAACAUUUAACUCUUUAAUGGAUCCUGUCACACCACAGAACCCUUUCGUUGCCAUACGCAUGCUGGACGGUCUAAUUGUGUGUUUUAUUUUUGCAAUGUGAUGUGACCCUGAAGUGGCAUUCCGGAGAUCAGUAAAUAUUGGGAAACACUGGCCGGGGAGUGUUUGCAUUCAGCCAGUUUAUGGCAAUUUGGGCAUUUCUCUGUAUUUGGCCACCAAUGUUUCCAUUGAACACGCUCUGCUAAAUGUGACGGUAUUGCUUGUCGGCAGAAUUGCCCCAGUUUUACUUUCCCAUCAAUUCUCGACCUUUGCUUUAUGCCGCAAUCAUUUGAUGCAGACUGUUACGUCUGUGUGUAAAACCAUAGAUUUAUCCUUUGAGACAGAAACAACAAGAGAUAAUUAAUUAAUAGCACCAUAAUCACCACAAAGCACUACAGUAGUUAUGGUGCCAGGAGGACCUGGCUUCCUCCCAGAGUAAGUUGUCAUACCAUUUAACCUUGUGCCAAUGAGCCGGCACUGCAGGUUUUAGCUCAGGGUAGCUAAAGGAAGCUCUAUAUACAGGAGUCUUCAUUAGGAAGUGACUGGCCCCCUGUAGAAUACUUACCCAGAGCGCACGCUAGGGCACUAACGGGCUGUUCUACUGCAACUCCCAUUAUCCUUGGGCGUCCUUUAAAUAAAUCUUGCUGUAUAAACAUUAUGGUUCAGUAAGAAUAGAAGUGGGGGCUUUAUCCUACUUAUUAACUCUGAUUUUAUAGAGGAAUAGUUUGUAGCCCUCUGAAAAUUGGUAAUAAAUAUAAUGGGGGUAUUUACACCCCCUGAUUGCUGAUAUCUCUGACUCUACUUGUUGGCUGAACAUACUGUGGAUCUGUGUGUUAAUGCUGUUGUAGAAGGUGUGAGCACUACACCUACCUGAGAGAACGUGUUUAUAGUGUAAUAAAUUCCUAGGACUUCUGACACAUGCAAGCAAGGUGCAUCUUGUAGAUCUUGACUCAUGGGAAAGGAGGAAUGUAGGGGGGGGGGGCAGACUUUGAAAUAUGACCGUGAUUUAAUCUGCGAUAAAUAAUGAAACUCACCUCAAAUAUUCUGAGGAAGGUAAUCGUUUGACAUUUUACAUGCUGAUCUCUCGUUACCUGGAGCAUUUCGGCAGCCAAGCAUAAGAAAAUGAAAUCGUACAGCUUGUCAUGCGGACAGGCGUGUUUUUCAUAAUGUUAUCUGCCUUAAGAAGCCAUUAAUCCUCACUUUAUUUUUUUAAAUUGCCAUUGGACGACAUGCCCCAGUUUCAUUGAAGUGGUUAUAGUUCUUGGAGUUACACUUUAAAAGAACACUAUAGUGUUAGGAAUAAAAGUGUGUAAUUCUUACACUCUAAGCCCCCCUUACAUCUGGUUCCAAAGGUGUUUACUCGCCUCCUUCUAACGUUGCACAAGUCUGUCACGGCUGGUUGUUCCCCCCCCCGCCCCCCCGCCUGAGAUCAAAGCAUUGGGAGGCUAUCCCGCAUGUGCUGCUCCAAUCCGCAUCUUCUCAUAGAGAUGCACUAAACCAACUCAUUUCUAUGGGGAGCAUUCAGUAUUUCCAUGCAGAGGACGUUGUGCAGCACUGCUCCAGGAGGCACCUAUAGUAGCCGUGUGAGGAGUGGCCACUGGAGGGGUCCCUAGGCUGUAAUGUAAACACUGCAAGGACUGACUAUAGUCACCAGAGCAAAUACAGCAUCCCUUUAAGGACAAAAUGGCGGAGCUGGAUAAAUAGCCACCUUGGAGAAUUGUUGCAGUUAGACUAUUCUAGCCUAACACUCUUAUUUUAAUACAAACUGAUAUUAUCUGGGAGAGUGUCAGGUCGAGGGGUAACCCCUAAUCUGAAUAUACAAAGACUAAGCAGAAAGCUUAGCUAUCAAAUUGGAUAUAGAAUUUAGAGAGAAAAAAAAUACAAAAUAAAACUAACCCUUAAUAGAGUCAAAUGUAGCGAUGGUAGAACAUGAUACCACUGCUACGUUUGACUCUAACGGUUAUUGUUUCUUUUUUUCUCUCUCUAGAUUCUAUAUCCAAUUUGAUAGCAAACUAUGAGCUCCUGUUUCAGUUGGCCAAGAUGUAUUUUGUUUUUUCCUUUUUCUCGAACUAGUCUUUUUAUUCCAGCAGUUUUUGUUGGACCCCUAUAUCCUCAUCUGGGCCAUUAUCUCUGUUUUCUUUGCAUGUUCUACACUAGUUUUACAUAGGUAAAUCAUACCUUAAUAAACUCUAUUUGUGGGUUGCUUUUAUCAAUGAAGGGUUAGGAUUGUGAGGGAUUAGUUAUGGUCUAACUUUUAUUCUCCCUUCUACUUGCUGCUUAGUCUUUGUAUAACAUUCUAUUUUACUUCGCUGGUGAAUUCCGUUUUCGUAAGUAAGUGCUAAUCAAUCGCUUGCAAAUCUCCACUUACUGUAAUCUAAACAUGGAAAUGCAGUGUGCAAGGAGCAAUUAUGUUGCAAAGCUCUAAACGUGGAGCAGUUGCCAUGGAAACCCAUGUAUUGCGGAUUCUGUAUACAGCUCAGUUGUGUGUGUCACUGUAGUGUUAAUAAGACCAGAGCCUCUGCAUCCGGUCAUUCUAAAUGUUUGUCCUGGGGUUUGUGGGUACCUGCAUUAACCCCUUAAGGACACAUGACAUGUGUGACAUGUCAUGAUUCCCUUUUAUUCCAGAAGUUUGGUCCUUAAGGGGUUAAAAUGCUUUGGAUCUACCAUACCGCGCAUUAUUCAGAGUCUGGUCACUCCUAGCCGAGAGUAAUCGGUAUUGGUUGGUGUUCCAAACUGCGCAAUAACAAACGCACCUUGAUCAUUGGGUACGGUCUCUGCGUCUGUCGGAAUACAUGUUGGGUUAGACCGUGUAAUUGUGAGACUUGUUAUUUGGGGACGUCCGUAGCUAGGAGGGUUAUUGAAUAGUCCUGUCCAUCUGCAUUCCGCACAUAUUUUGAGCCAUUUAUCGCCUGACGGGCGUGUUACUCUCCCUCCGGCACUGUAAACAUUGUUUGAAACUUUUCAGCAUACGUUGGUUGUCUGUAAAUAUUUUGUCCACAUUAUUGCAGGUGUUAAAAACAGACAUCGUUUUAAACACUUAAUCUAGAUAAUUAGGGAUGUUAUCUGACUCUAACAGUUAUUUACUAAGGUGAAUUCACGGGGAAUUUAACUUAAUUGGAAACCUUCUCAAUGACGCCAAUUCGACUACUUUGGCCUUUACUUUGAAAUUCACUUUGAAUUCUUACAUUGGUGAAUAACCGGUAUAUAAUCUGUCACUCUGGUAAUAGGGUACGAUUUCUUUGUUUUUUUUAACCUGUUAAUGACCAAUAAGUCUUUCCUAAGUAAACGACUUUUCCAGAUGCCCCUAGUUAUGAUGAGGUUAACUAAAUUGAACGCAAAACGGACCCAAACUCCAGCUGAAAUAGUAUAUGUAUAAACCCUUCCAAACCUUAUCAGAACCCAAGACUUACAGAGCUAUUUGCUAAAGAGGGGAUUGCUGGGAAUUCAAAGAUUUAAAAAAAAAAAAUGUCAAAUUGCCGUGAUGGCAAUGCCAGACUAGUUCUCAGGAACCCAGGGUAGAUAUCUCUCAGGCCUGUAGGAGGUGCUUUUAAUUUUUCUGUAAACUUCCUGAGCCAAUUGUUCUGCUAAAAAAAAAAAAAAACCAUUUGCUUUAGAACUAAAUGGCAAGUGGUUAAAAAAUAGACAUAUUUUGGAUUCCGAUGGAUAAAGAAAAUGCUUCUACAGAUAGUUUUUUUUUUUUUGAGGCCGUCCAAAAGCUGAGACAGACGAUAUCUUCAUCUUUUUGCAUGUAAAAUAAAAAUGAAAUUCUUGGCUAAAUAUAGACUGUUCCUUAGGACAGGCAGACUCUGCAUUGAAAGGGAAUCUCAGUAAAUUGUUUGAUUUUUACAGUAAGCAAAUCCAAGUCCAGCUCUGAAAUCUAAUAAACCGGAUUUCUCAGUGACGAGACCACAAUGGGGCAACAUUUUUCAUUUCUCGUUAAAGGCAGCUAAUAGGGAGCGGGUCCGAAUGAUCUAUGCAGAGCUGGUGAUUUAAUCAAUGAGCAGAAAUGUAACUGAGGAUUGUAAUGUGAGAUACUGGGAGUUUGGCUAAAAAUUGUGAGUUGGGUAAAAUAAAAAACCUGAUUUUUACACAGAUCAAAAAAGGGUCCUUAUAUCACAGCAGUCAUGGUGGCUGGCUUAGGUUGUUGUGAGUUGUAUAAAUCAGCUUAUUUUGGAGUAAUGUUAUAAAUCUACUUUAAUAUUGCAAUACCCCUGUCCCCACCCCAGACUUCCUGCUUCUCUCUCUAAAUAUGCUGUAUGUAAUACUAAGGGUGCCAGUAUAUUGCCAUUGUAGAACUCGAACUCCCAUAACGCUCAGUUACCUGCAUGUGACUAGGAAUACUACCUGCUGAUCACACCAUGUAUACACAGCCUGUGGUGGGUUCUAUGUUCUGGUUUCGAUAUUCAUGGUUCUUGUGUUUAUUGCAGGUGGGAGGAAGAACUGGCCAAGAGGAGAAGUCUGGAAUCCAUGGUGGAGUCUUUACAGGAGGUAACAUAAACCAUUAAAAGCGGAAUCUGAGCUUUAUAUUAUUGCAAUAGAAUUGUUUUUCUGGUUUUUACCCCCUUCAUACCCUUUAUGCUGCCAUGGACUUCAGCUCCUAGCCAGAAACCUGGUCCAUGGGAAAUAUAGUCCUCAACUACUUCCAGCCACUCUAGGCACCCAGACCACUUCAGCUUAAUGAAGUGGUCUGAGGGCCAGGUCCCUCUAGGAUUAACCCUUUCUUCUAUAAAUGUUGAUCUUAAGUGAUGGUAAAUGAAGGGAAAGGAAUUGUACUUAUAAUUUCCAGAUAUGUGCGCCUGGACGGUACAAUCCCCGCCUAUGGAUAUGUAAAUGGUCCUUGGAUGUCCUCAAAAAGGGGGUCUCCAGUGGUGGUAGGGUAGAUCUCUUUUCCAAUGGCAGUAGGCCGGUAUUCGAAUAAUUGUUGAUUAUAUAAAAAAGAUAAAAACACAAAAUAGGGGGGGGCGGAGCUAGCAACCGACAGCAACGGUCGCUCUCUGCAUGAGCUCCGACAAACGGGCACGAAAAACGCCCUAAUCCUGCUGAACAUAGGGGUACAACUCUCCUUACGAUGGGGAGAAAAACCAAGAAGCCCCGUCCGGAUCGACCGAGAUUCUGUGCCUAUAUCGGCGACCUCCUGAGGGGACCACAUGGCGCGGGGAGGACUGACAUGGCGGCGGACAUGGGAGACUUCUCAGACGACUCGGCUGACUACUCCCUCCACGAUACAGAAGAGCGGGGAAUUAACCCUACAACAUCUGCCCAGCCAGCAGCCAAAGGGUCAGAACCUCUCACCACAGGGAUACUUACCGGCCUCCUGGCGGAUCUCCGCCACAGCCUCUCCUCAGAAAUCUCCCAGGUGAGAGAAGACCUCAGGGGGUUCAACGGGCGCCUAAAUAUAAUUGAGCAGACAGCCACAACACAUGCAGCCCACAUCCAAGGGCUGCAGAAUCAGAUUGCCACUCUCACUGCAGCUCACGCCACUCUGAGCCACCAACUAGCAGCAAUGGAGGACAAGAGAAGGUGGAAACACCUUAAGAUCAGGGGCCUCAUGGACACUAUCACACAAGCAGAACUGCCCCACUGCCUGCGCAGACUCUUCACAGCACUGUUGUCACCCAAACAGGCUAAAGGCAUCACAGUAGAGGGGAUGUUUUGGCUCCCGAAGCCUCCUGCAGCUGCGGCCUCCAACACCAGCGACCUACUGGUCAAAUUCCAAAACGGCCAAGAUAAGGCAGCCAUCUUGAAAGCAGUGAGGGGGAAACCCCCAUUCCGCUUUGAGGAUAUGGACGUUACCUUCUACUCAGAUCUCUCUCGACCGACACUUCAGUGGCGGAAGACGCUACGACCCCUCACAUCCAUACUAUCAACGAACGGAAUCAAGUACCGAUGGGGCCCAACACACAGGCUCAUUAUCCAGCAUCAAAACACGGAGAUCAAGGUAGCGGAGGCAUCGCAGAUAGAGGCAACCCUGACCAAUCUGGGCCUGAACCACGCAGCAACGCCGGCACCGACAACAUGGGAUCCGGCCAACUCUGUCCCGUUCAUCCCGGCUAAUCGGAACUUACCCAACCGUGCAACUACGUGACUCUGGACAUUACAUCUUUUCAUUUAUAUAGCUGCCUUUAUAUAUGGUUACUUAACCUCUUGGGAUUCUUUGUCUUUAUCGUUUGUAUCGUUUUUAUCGUUUUUUUUUUCCCCUCGUAUUAUGAGGCACAGGCACCUCAUAGGGCCAGCCUCACGCUGAGAAACUGUAGACGCAGCAUAAGUUAUGCUGUUGGUAUUGUACCCUCUUUGUUCUUUGUUUAUGUUACAUACACCGCGCAACAUACCACACCAUGCACUAACAGCGGGUCACACCCAUCUCCGCCACCUCCCAGACCUAAACAAGCCGAAACUCAGAAACACUAGCUCCUUAACGAACACCUUACCCCCCCAGCUCCCUGCUAGGAACCACUUACACUUACUCUACCAAGCGGAGCUGUGCCCACUCAGCACCCAACCCGCCAUAGAAAUAUAUCGCGUUUUCUCUCACUUUCUGAAACCACAGAGCCAUACAUGUCCCAGACUCCUACACUAACCACAACCAUCGCUAAAAACAUGACCAUGGCAGUAACAAGCUACAUUACCAUAAAACAAAAUACCACAGCCAACAUCGCUAUCCCACCAAUGUAUGCAGAAGAUUAAAAACAGUGAUAUGCUUCAUUGAAUGUAUUACAUGCAAUAUAUAUAUAUCUUGUUGACUGUGACAAAAAAAAAAAAAAAAAAACACAAAAUAGUGCUCUCUGGAUAAUACAAAAUAAAAUGAUUUAAAAAAAAAAAAAAAAAGGGAGGUAUACUCACAAGUGCAGAGCAAAUAGGAUAUUGCUCAAUAUAUGUAGGCGUAGGUGGUAUGAUCCCCACCAAGGAUAUCACUCCUCGAGUCAUCCAGUGGGGGUGUUGGAGAGAUUAAAAAGAAUUAUAUUAUAAAAUAAAAUCGAAUAAAAAGGAUAGGCUUGGAGACUCCAAUAGGAUAAAUGAGCUCAUUAUUGGAGAUAAAAAAAAAAUAGUAACAUAAAACAGCUUUAAAAAACACUAACGUGUUUCUCCUGCAAAGAGGCUUUAUCAAAGUGUCGUACCGACACUUACAUCGUACCACCAGAAAAGAGACUCUGGUUUUUGGGAAGUUUCUGCAGCCACAUGCUACAAUUGCAAGUUCUGAUAUUCCACCUACUCCUCCAUGUUUCAAUUAACCCUUUUGUCUUUUUUACAUCAGGAAGCGCAAGAAGCGUAUAACGUGCACGAUGAACUGAACGAGACCAUCGCGAGGUUGAAAUCCGAACUGGUUGUUUUUAAGGGUCUGAUGAGUGAUGUAAGUAGCGACUUUGGCUCUCGCACCCCUCCUAGUCACAGGCAAAUGUUUUAACCUACACCGCUUCAUUCAUUAGAGAUACUCUGCACUGAUAUGUGAUGUUGCUGCACUGGCAGCAUCCCAGGAGCAGAUAGCCAGUCACCCUGCUUCUCCACCAGCAGACCCGGCUUUUUAAUGCACUGUUUGUCCCCUUUUAUAAGGCUGAAUCCCAACCAGCUUGUGUGUUGGAAUGCCAUGGUUUAAGAGCGGCGUUUGGGGGCCAGUAACCUUGUUUGCUAUGGGGGGGUUUAAUCCUGUGUUCUGAGGAGUGGACCAUUGCUCCAUGUGUUCCAGGUAAUCUAACUGAUGGUACAUGCAUGAGUUUCUGACUGCAUGUCUCGCUAAAGAGCAAACCAAGGUUGAGACUGGAGAGGAUGAGAAAUCCGCCGUUUGCGGGCACAGAUGGAAGAAUUUUAGAUUUUAAAACUGUUAACCCUUUCCCUGCAUUUCAAAACACUCCUGGCGGUGUUAUGCAUAACAAUAGGAUUGUCCUACAGAGCAAGGAGAAUGUAAAUCAGACUUUAUGUGAUGAUGGUGCGCUUAGCAUCGUAAAGGAAUGCAGUAAGUAUUGGCGGUCACUGAACGCAAUAGAUAAUCUGCCAGUUGGCUAUUGGAAGUUUCUGCUGGCACCUGGAUGGCCAAGGGAAAAAAUAAUUUGUGUUUAACAAAGCUGAAAUAGCGCCAUGUUUAUUCCAAACACGAUAUUCAAUCGCAGCACUAAGAUUAGAGGCGCUCUUCUGACCACCAUUCCAUAGGUUAUGGUAGUGGCACAAGAAUGGCAGUCACACUUUGUAAAGCCAUUAAUGUACCUCGCUGCAGGCUCAGAUCUCCUAUAGGGGAGGCUGCUUUGGGGGCAACUGGACUUUGCUGCAGCUUUACACAAUCCCUUCACCUUGUGUACCUGUCACAAAGUGUCACAGUAACCAAGGGAUUUCACUAAUCCUGACAGUGAAGGGGUUACUGCGUGCAUUUAUUACCAGACUAUACUGAGAACAAAAUUAACCCCCCCCCCCCAUCCAAAACUGCUGCAAAAUGAACCUUUGCUCUGCUCAUAAACCAUUCUUAACCAUCCAAUAAGGACAUUUUCCUGGGAAUAAACUGCUGUGACUGUUAAAUGGAGCAAGAAAUGGCUUUGGGAAGGGCCAUGCAGUGCAGUAAAUUAAGGGUUAUUAAAUGGAACCACGAGAAGGAGUUUGAUAGUGCUGUGUGGUCCCCAGCCUCCAAAAAUAGCACAGGGAGAAAACCCUUUAAAUGCCAGGACAGUCUGCUUAGGUACCCAGAGGGUUAACGCACUGCUCGGCUGCAAUCCCAGGCUCCGGUCCUUACUAGGUAAUCCAGAGAUUGCAGGGAUUCCGGCUUUGGUGACGCUAGCCUCCUCCUUUUAUAUUGUCUGCACCAAACUUGAAGUACAGUCUCGAAACAAAAGCAAGGCAGGAAAUAGAGCUGCAUAGCACAGUUCACUUGUGGAAAAUCCAUUCACAAAUCUGUCAGGCACAAGGGCUUAUUCACUAAACGUAGAGUUGUGGAGGAUUUAAAAAGACAUUGUGGGACAAAAUAGCCAAAAUGCAUAAAUUCUGACUCCUAUUUUCACUCACAAUUUGCAAUUCCCAGAUUAAGUCUCCAACGUCCAAUUUAUUAAAUCCCAAGUGUAUAGCGGUUCCCUCUUUGGAGCAGAAAUUUGGCGAUCAAACUGAAUGUCCGAUAGAUCAGUGGUACAAAACGUGCUGCUAGCUUGUUCUGGAACUACAAACCCUAUGAUGCCCAGCACGUCAUUUUAUUCUGAUUCCUGAGCGUCAUGAGACUUGUAGAUCUGGGAUACCUGCUGUGAAUGAUCUACAAGUUAUUGCAAUUAAUGUAAAUCUGUUCCUGUACACGCCAUGUGCCUCAUGUAAGCACUGGGCGAUGGAGCGCAGGUUUAGUUUAUAAGGCGGUUCCGGUCUGUGCAUAAAUCCAGCGAAUGGACACAGUAACAGCAGUAUUCUGAGUACAGCAGGGAGUUGGCCAAAAAUGUAACGCCAGAGUGUGAAGUUAACAUUUAUUUAAAGUAACAGCUAAGAGGCUUUUUUUUUUUUUUUUUAAAUCUAGAUUUUGACCUAAAGUGGCAGAAUGAAUUUUUUUUUAUUUAUUUUUUUAAAAGCAUUUUCUUAUCCUCCUGAAGGGACGUUCCUUUCUAGUAGCCAGCAUGGUUUAUAGAGUUACAUUUUCCUUAUGGAUUGUAUUAAAGGGCCCCUCUGAUUCCCAUUCUGAUGAGAUGCUGUGUAAACGGUAUUGAUAAUAACCCGAUCUGUGCAGAGAGAUCCCGGUGUGGGGCAGUAAAUGUUCUGUAUGGAAGGGGGGGUUGAGGUUUUAGAGCAGCUGGGACCCUAACUCAGAAUAGAACAGCAACAAAAAUAAACCAGGAUUAUACAUUUCCUUCCAAGGAUCUAUAUCUAUUUUCUGGUACAAAUUAAUGGUCCGGUUACCUUGUAUAAGAAGGAGGAAUUAAAGGGGAAGUAUCACAAAAAUAAGACCUACAUAGUCCAUUUUAUCGAAUACUUUACAGCUGUAAUUCGCUGACCUUUAUUGUAAAAGAUACUGGCGGGGUUUUUUGUUUGAGUCCACAUUCUUUAGCGACCGUCGUGACCAUUGCACUAGUUCACCAUACAUAGUUUUGGCUGCCAUAUCACAAAGGUAGAAAGUUAUCUGCGUGGUAGGGGCCAUGUAUUUAUGUCCGAGCUGUAGCUUGCAAUAUAGCAUGUCAUUUAACAGUCAGAUAAUAAUGGUAUUUUAAUUAUGUAGAAUUUCUGAAUAAUGUACGUCACUGCAGUAUAGGUCAGUGGACCGCGUUUCCCAUGAAGCUCAGAAUCAUGGCCGCAUUAUAGGAAAUGUAGUCCAUACCAGCUGCGGUGCCCUUAUUGGUAUAGUUUGUUCAUUGACUUUAUCAUGUGUAGAAAUGUUCAAAUUAAACAACAAAGCAAAGGUUUGAAGCCAUUUUUAUUUUUUGUAUCUAUAUCCCAUCAGCAAGAUUUGCUUUGUAAUAUUUUAUGAGAAGUACUUAAGUAUUAUUUUCCUGUAAGAGAGGAUAAUGUAUAAAUGUCCCCCGUCCCCCCUCCUGCAGCCAAUGUCAGAUCUCGACUCAAAGAUCCAGGAAAAGGCAAUGAAAGUGGAUAUGGACAUCUGCCGGCGGAUUGAUAUCACGGCCAAACUGUGCGAUGUGGCACAGCAAAGGAACUCUGAGGAUGUGUCCAAGAUGUUUCAGGUGAUUAGGCUGCUCUGUCUCUUAACUUUCCAUUCAGGUGUAGGGAGAGCGAAGGGUACAGGGGAAUGCAGAGUCAGGUCUACCUGUGCGUUCCUCUUAAUGCUUAGAAGGGUAAAACCGUAAAGGAACACUAUAGUCACCCAAAUUACUUUAGCUAAAUAAAGCAGUUUUAGUGUAUAGUUCAUUCCCUGUCAAUUUCACUGCUCAAUUCACUGUCAUUUAGGAGUUAAAUCACUUUGUUUCUGUUUAUGCAGCCCUAGCCACACCUCCCCUGGCUAUGAUUGACAGAGCCUGCAUGGAAAAAAAACUGGUUUCACUUUCAAACAGAUGUAAUUUACCUUAAAUAAUUAUAUCUCAAUCUCUAAAUUGAACUUUAAUCACAUACAGGAGGCUCUUGCAGGGUCUAGCAAGCUAUUAACAUAGCAGGGGAUAAGAACAUCUUAAUUAAACAGAACUUGCAAUAAAGAGAGCCUAAAUAGGGCUCUCUUUACAGGAAGUGUUUAUGGAAGGCUGUGCAAGUCACAUGCAGGGAGGUGUGACUAGGGUUCAUAAACAAAGGGAUUUAACUCCUAAAUGGCAGAGGAUUGAGCAGUGAGGGGCAUGUUCUAUACACCAAAACUACUUCAUUAAGCUAAAGUUGUUCAGGUGACUAUAGUGUCCCCUUAAAUCCUGUAAGCUAUGUGACUCUUCGAUGAUCCCUCUACCCCUCCGGUUUACUUUUAUUCCAUAAGGGAAUGUUGCUGCCAUUUUCGUAACUGAAUAAAGUCCCUGUGAUAUCAGAUACCUUCUGAAAAGGCAUAGCAGAGGCAUUUCAUACAAAUCAGUUUACUCUUCCCCAUUAUCCUUUGUGAAGAUGCGUUUGAGCCCAUGCACAUUUCUCUGUUUCAGAGUGACGUUCCUUUGACUUGAAUGAGAACUCUGCCUGAAAUGUAUAUUUUUUUUUAAAUUCUAAACUUUGUGGUGAAUUGUGUAAAUGUUGGUGAAUUCUGUGCUGCCGCACUGUCAUUCUACCACAGGGAUCAUGGGAAAUAUCGAAUUACGAGCAAUAAAUGACAAGUUUACACCCGGACAUGAAAAUAGCCUCCUGAAAGUGCAGUUUUAUUAAUCAAAUGAAAAAUACAAUACAUAGCCAUAUAUAAAAUACAUGAAUAUCCUAUCUCUGCAUUAAAAUAGGUAUUCCAACAUUUGAAAGAUUUUCAUUAACACUCUCUUGGUGACCAAUUUCUAGCUCCCGUUUACUAGUGAAUAAUUAAAGCAGAACAAUGCUCCUCAAAGUCCUACAUAUCUCCCCCUCCCCCCGUUCUCUUUAUGCCAUGUUUAAUGGAACAUAACCUUUUUUGCUGGAUUUCUAAAGAAUUUCAUAUCCGUUAAAUGGAUAUUCAUAUUGUAUAAAUCAUAAGAAAAAUAAAGAACUGAAAUUAAGUGAGACCCAACUGGUUUGGAGAUUGCAUUCUUACACAAGCUAAUUGCACACGUGACUAAAUCUCUGCCCAGACCUGCUACUUCUGUCCUCUGCAAAACGCCUCUGGUCAGCACCCAGUUCUGUUGGUGUUGCCUGCUGUCCAUCUUAUGCUUUUCCUCUCUAGUUAAAAACCUGCAUCUGCUUUGCUGGGUUAGAUUGUCAGAUUUCUAAAUUAGAUUAGCUCUUGCGCGGAUUUCAUCUUAUCAAAAUCUGUGCUGGGCACUCAUCUCGCUGAUUGCAUGCUUUUCAUUGGCUGGGAAUGGCCUAGACAUGGCUGCUUGUGGAUGUUUAAUUUGGCCACAUUUUACUCCUGCUUUUUUGCUUGGUAACCUGCUGUUCUGAUAAAGUAGACGACCGCUCGUUCCUUACUCCCAUCUAAGUGUUGGCUGCUGGCUUUUUUUUUUUUUUUUUUCCUUAAGGUUGGUACGGUUUCUAAAAAGAAAGAGAAAAAGAUAACAGUCGAAGAUGACGCGUCCGAGCAGGACGGAGACGCUGGCAGGUUCUCUGACGACGAAGUCAGCUGUUCCCUCAACAUUACUGAUGAGAUGAAAAGAAUGUUUAACCAGCUGUAAGUGCCCUUUGUUAGAAGUCUAUAAAUCAUGUUGAUUGCAGAAAUAUAUAACCAUGUUUUGUGCAGGUCCCAGUUGGACCAGGGAUUCUCAUCUGCACAAUUACAAAAAGAAAAUUCCUGCACUCACUCCCAUCACUCCUGGGCGGCAGCAACGACCACAGUACAAAACAGCUCCAAUACAUAUAGUAAAAACCAAAGAAAAAAAAGUUACCUGCGCCCUCUCCUUAAUCCCUAUGUAUAUUUAGACAAAGGGAGGUCAUUUAGUUACUCCAAUGGCCACUGGAGGGAAUUAUCUGCACAAUGUCUACCGCUAGAACCCACCUUUCUGACCAGUCAUUAAGACUUGAUAAUAACUUAAUGAUCUUAACUAAAAUCCUGCCAAUAUUUUACAAACCAUUUCUAAUGGAAGUUUUUCUUUCUCAAUUAAGAGUUGAGAAUUAGACACACAUACUCCUUCUUUCCAGAUCCAAUUCUAACUGUAUGUUUUAAAAAUAAAUUAAAAAUGUGUAAAAAAUGUAUACACACAUAGUUAACACCCUUGUUGGAUCACCCCUAUUUCCUGUGGCCCAGUUAUCCAGUUGUCUCUGGGAAGCCGUGAUUAGUUUAAGGUCAGACUUUUCCAGGGACGGCAAAUGAUCUCAGGAAAUAUCUGGUUUGUCAGCCAAGUCUGAAUGGAGUCUCCGGGGAUGGGGGUUUGGGGGCUGUCAGAGCAGGAGGAGCGUGUUUAAAAGAUGCUGACUCUGACAUAACGUCCUAACUUAGCCUAUUCGUGCCAGCAUGCAUAUCUGCGUUAUUUCUGAACGGAUGAGGCAAGCUGGCCAAAACAAACUCGAAUAAUUUAUAACGCAUUCUUUGCUUGUGACUGGCUAAGAAGGGAUUUAACCCACAAAGUGCUGACCAAAAGGGGUCUUAAAAAGCUACUUUGUGGAUAACGUUAACCAUUCUUCUGCAAAGGCAAAUCAAUACGGCAAAACCCUAAAAGGUUACAAAUCUAAGCUUUACAGUUCUGAAAAGAUGGAUAAUAUCUAUAUAUAGGCAAUACAUUGUUAAACACAGAUCCGCACAACAGUCAAACCAUGAGUCUUGCUUUUCCCACAGAAAUCUCCAAUUUGCAGUGAUGUUACUACUGCAAGGUAUUCUGGGUGGGCAUAUGCAAAUUAGUUCAAUAAAGAAUCAUUAUUCCUUUGAGAUUUUGGUUGCUGUAUACAACAGCUUUGAAACCACUCAUAUCUAUAUCUCAGGCACAUAGAUCUAUAAAUGUGUUUAUUAUAAAAAGUACCAUUUUAUUUUAAGCGGUCACCACAAUCUCUCCAGUUGCAUUGUAUCCUCUGUAGUGCAUGUAUAGAGUUAAACAUCUCUUCGCUUUGUUACUUCCUAUGAGACCCUCAAUCUGCCCACUCAUUGUACAGCGCUGUGGCAUAUGUUGGCGUGAACUUUUUUUUUUUUUAAUUAAAUGCUUAUGACAGGCAGUGUAGACCCAGCCUUGAGGUUGUACAACCAGCACCUCUAGAUGUUAAACUAUAUAGAUCCAGUGAGUCUCUGCCAGACAAGAACAGGUGUCUGGUUAAGCAGGCAUGUCGUCGUUGUGAUUUUACAGACACGGAGACCCAGUAUUUGCAUGAUCUUUAGAAGGGUUAUAGAACAAAGGCCCAGAUGUCUUUGGACUACAACUUCCAUAACAGAGUUUUUGUCACAUGCAUAUGGGAAUUUAUAUAGUGCCAGAAAAUUCAAUAGCACUGUACAAUGGGGGGCAUACUCUAGCACCCCUGUUUUUAAAAUAAAGCAAAUAUUGCUCUCUGUACUGUGUAAUCCAGGUUCAAUUUCUGCUAGUACCACUGGUGGGGUUUUAAAAAGCAUCAGGUACCACAUUCGUGGUAAAGAAAUGUACCAACAAAGUUAUUUCUACAUGAACAGAGCCACACAGGUCCCCAUGGCGCCCACUGUCCGGACACACAGCCACACAGGUCCCCAUGGCGCCCACUGUCCGGACACACAGCCACACAGGUCCCCGUGGCGCCCACUGUCCGGACACACAGCCACACAGGUCCCCGUGGCGCCCACUGUCCGGACACACAGCCACACAGGUCCCCAUGGCGCCCACUGUCCGGACACACAGCCACACAGGUCCCCAUGGCGCCCACUGUCCGGACACACAGCCACACAGGUCCCCAUGCCGCCCACUGUCCGGACACACAGCCACACAGGUCCCCAUGCCGCCCACUGUCCGGACACACAGCCACACAGGUCCCCAUGGCGCCCACUGUCCGGACACACAGCCACACAGGUCCCCAUGGCGCCCACUGUCCGGACACACAGCCACACAUGUCCCCAUGGCGCCCACUGUCCGGACACACAGCCACACAGGUCCCCAUGCCGCCCACUGUCCGGACACACAGCCACACAGGUCCCCAUGCCGCCCACUGUCCGGACACACAGCCACACAGGUCCCCAUGGCGCCCACUGUCCGGACACACAGCCACACAGGUCCCCAUGGCGCCCACUGUCCGGACACACAGCCACACAGGUCCCCGUGGCGCCCACUGUCCGGACACACAGCCACACAGGUCCCCAUGGCGCCCACUGUCCGGACACACAGCCACACUGGUCCCCGUUACGCCCACUGUCCGGACACACAGCCACACAGGUCCCCAUGCCGCCCACUGUCCGGACACACAGCCACACAGGUCCCCGUGGCGCCCACUGUCCGGACACACAGCCACACAGGUCCCCGUGGCGCCCACUGUCCGAACACACAGCCAUUUGUGUAAGCCUGGUUUGAAGUAUGAUCAUGCAAUACAGUUCCCCAUUUUGAAAACUUCUGUUCUGGCGCCAUCUUGAGGACUCAAACAGAACUUGCAGCUCCACAUGUGAAUAGUCCCUUAAAAAUGUAAUUUGGAUGAUCUGGAAGAUAGCGUGUUGGAGAAUCUAUAAUUUAAUCUUUGUAGAAUUACCAUUCAUUAAAACCAGAGAAAGCAGAUGGUCAUAGAUUCCAGCUUUUUAUAUCAAAGCAGUCAGACUUGUGUUAAUCCCCAUGUAGUUCCAUUACUUCCUCUGUGACUACCUUUACAAGGUCCCAAAUAAAUUCCAAUUUUUUCCCUAAACAGGCGGGAGACGUAUGACUUUGAAGAUGACUGCGAUAGUCUAACGUGGGAAGAAAAUGAAGACACUCUGCUCCUUUGGGAAGACUUUACAAACUGUAACCCACCAGCAGAUGUUCAGGGAGGAGGAGAGGUAAGGUUGGGGUCUUUCUGUCAGGGACUUCAGAAACCACUUUUGUUCUCAGAGAAUAAUUUAUAAUUUCCUUUAUCAGCAGCAGGAGGAAACAUUGGGGAAUUUGAUUCAGGAAACGGAGACCUUUCUAAAAACACGAGAUAAAGAAUAUCAGGAAACCAUAGACCAGAUUGAGGUGAGAUACUGCUGACUUUGGCUAAUUUCCACCCAUCUGAGGACCACAGAGCAACUUUAUUAUACUUCCACUGAUCACUAGCCUUGAGGUUUUUUUUUUUUUUUGUUUUUUUGUUUUUUUUAAAUCCACUUCAAUUCAAACUAGCCAAGCUGUAACAGGUUUAUAUUUUCGAAAUUGUGCCCUAAAGUUUGUGAUUUUUAGUUUCAAAUUCAUAGUUUAGUGAAUAAAUCCCAUUGUCUGAAAGCUUUAAAAAAAUAAACAACUCGUCGCUAAUUACUGUUGUCGCUGUGGCUUUCCCAGACCUGAUUCUAGAAAUAUUCAUGUGAUAAUAACCAAAUUGAUGUCAUGGGCGAGGAGUCCGACUCCUAAGGUGUGAAAACUGUUCUAGGUAAUUCUGGCAGGAUAAUGGGGAGUGUACCGUCUCUCAGCAGAUUUUAUCAACCUUUGUGUGUGAAUAAUUGUUACUUAUUUUCUUAAAAGCUGGAACUGGCGACUGCCAAAAGCGACAUGAACCGCCAUCUACACGAGUACAUGGAAAUGUGCAGCAUGAAAAGAGGCCUCGACGUCCAGAUGGAAACCUGUCGGCGACUGAUAAAAGGAUCUGCGGGGUCAGCGGGCAGGUGGGUAACAGAUGCACUUGUACCCACUCUUACCAACAUCAUGUGGGCACCACUGCAUCCUGCCCUGGAAUAGAGGAUAGCUAGACAGUAUAGAUCAGUCUCUUCCACGCCAGGCCUGGGCUCCUUUUUUAGGUUUCAUUUUUGGAGUAAUUUUCCAAAACUCUAAAUCAAGCUUUCAUUUAUUUCCCUGGGGUUCUCCUUUUAGCAUUCCUAAUCAUUUAACACUGAAUGCAAUGACUGCCGGGAGACUCCAAACACUAUAACCACUUCAGUGAGAUUAAACUGUUGGUGUCCCGCUCUGGCAUUCUAGGAAAAGACACGACCUUGAUGUUUGUUUCAGAAAUCACUGUCCCUAACAUGCCCUGUUGUGAUACAGUGCUAAUUUAAUGGAUAAUGGUUUAGAGUUUCUUUGUUAUGUAAUACAGGUAUUUAUUUUAUUUUUUUUAAAUGCAGAAAUUCUCCAUCCACGAGUUCUGUAUCCAGCAGCGACUCAGGAAACUCCGACGAAAUUCAGGAUGAGUUUGAGAAAGAUGGAGACGGAGACAGCAUAAUAAGCUGAUCUGUGUGACAUUCCUGGACUACAUAAACUGUAUGAUAAACAUUCAUGAAUGAAAGACAAACUUUGGAGUCCAUUCAGAGAAAUUCCUGAAGAGAGACAUAAACCCAAAAAUACCCCCCAGCUUUCCCUCCAACUGGUGCUGUAAAUGUCUAUUCUUCUAUGGGGAAAAUAUGUAAAUAGAAUUCUUUACAGAAAAGAAAACAAAAUGUGCUGUUUUUAGCUCUGCCCUUCCCACAGCUGAGUUUUUUUUGUGUGUUUUUUUUGUCUUUAAAUUGCUUAGAAAACGAGUGAAAUAAACCUGGACAGGCGUUCUAGGUUUUAUGAUCACAGCAGACCUGUGAUUGCUGCUAAUCACACUGCAAACUGUAGGCAGGUUCUAAGCUGAUACAGCCAGCAGUCUAAGGUGUGAUUAGGAGAAAUGUUCAGUUCUUCCAUCGACAAAAUUAUUAUUUUUUUAUAAAUAUGAACUAAAAUUUUGGGCUUCUUAAAUAUAAACGGCAUAGCCCAUAAGUGUAAAAUUGUGUUCAGAAAGUUCCAACAUUCUGUUGUGUUGCACAAAUGUGUGCGCAAUGUGCAAAAUUGUUGUCUUGAUGGUCCUGCUCAUAAUCUCUACAGGAAACGAAGGCUGCUGUGAUCACACAUACUUGUGGUGUCCAUUGCUGCUAUAUAAUGUGGGGGGGCAGAGCAAUAAAAGCACGGUGUAGGUUUACUAUGCAAAUCGCUUGCCUUAUACAAAAGGAAUGUUUGCUCCCCACUGUGUUCUCCCUUACUUGAAGGGGGAAGUGUUACAUAUACACAGUCACUAGAUCCCGGAAAACUGUUUAUACUGCAGUGACAGGACACCGCCUCUAGGGGGGGUGCUGUUGAAAAGUGGCGCAAAGUUCUACAAGUAGAAUGUGUCUGAUACCAUUGGGUUCAGUGUUGAUUUCACCAAUGGUUCUACUUGCAACACUUUAUAAUUCCUUCCUUGGUGUCGGCAUUUGCCAUCGCGAGGCGGCAGAACACACUGAGGAUACCUCCAGCAGUGAGAAGUGUUUGUUUUUUGUUUUUUUGUAUUUUUGGUUUACCCUGCUUGUCAUAGCACAGGCCCCAUAUGCAUUUCUCUGUAUUUUUUUUUUUUUUUUUUUUGCAGUUAUCGUAUCUGUAUCACUGUCAAGUGCUCUUACCGCACUGUCUGGUAUUGGGCCGCAGCAUAGCGCCAGACUGGCAUCCUGAAGUUUAUCGGUAGCAGCUGAUGGUAGGCACCAUAGUAAUGUUUGACAACUGAUGCCAGUCUUUGUAGAGACAUAAUGCUACUUCAUGGCUAGAAUUACUCACGCAGGGUGUGUAGUGAUCCAUCGGUUGCUACUUGUUUAUCUGCGUUAACCCUGAAGCCGUGAUUAUUAAUUUCUACUUGCUGUGAUUCCUAAAGAGUUUUAAUUGCUGGCGUAUUGUCCCACCGUGAUAGGAGCAAACAUCCCCCCCAUCACCCAAGGGCAGGGAGUAACUGCUCAUACAGCACUGCAGCGGUCCAGCCAAAAACACUAUUACUAUGGAGGCUUAGUCACUAAAUGUUGACAAAGUUUCCAAACUGAGAUCAAAAUGGAAUGGGGGGGGGGGGAAAUCAAAUUUCAUUUCUCCUGCAGUACUGGUUUCAAAGCUCUUUAUGAUAUCACAGCAGUUCAUCAACUUUACAAUUUCAGAAAAACUGCCCAGCGGCUUGCCGUUAAACCUAAAUCCAGGCACAAGACAAAGCGCAGGAGAUAACCGGCUUCUGGGUAUUAGUGGGGAGCUGGGUGAUGUAUACUUUUAUUGGUUAAACUUUAAAGCCAUUUCUGUAUAUAAAGAACUAGGAUUAGAUUAUUUUAUCCUACCUUGGUGGCCUUGUAAUAUUAUUAUAUCCAAUUUCUACUCAGACUUUUUUUGUUUGUUUGCUAAACGAGCUUUCCACAAAAGGUGUUUGCGUUUUCUUACCGUUUAGCGUAGCCAAAGCUGUAAAAAAAAGAGAGAAAAAAAAAAAAUAAAAAAAUCGGGGCUACAGGUGAGCAACUGUCAACAUCCUUACACUGGGAGAUUUUUCUUCUUUUUUAGAAUUUUACAGCAAGAUUCAUAUUCUCAGCAGUACUUCUUGUUAAACCGGUUUCCCAAUUAAUACUUUUUUUUCCCCUCAUGUGAGUCAGAAGCCGUUACAAAGCAAGGAAUAGUUGCUUUUUGCAUGGAUUGAAGGAUGUGAAUCUUGCCACAGUGCUAAUGUUUCACGGGGAGAAUAACACACGUUCUAACCAGAGAAGUGAAGCAGUUGCCGUGGAAACGUGUGGAUUGCUACAUUUUGACGUUUUUAUAAAUCUCCUCUAUUGACUGAUAUUACAUGAUCACUUAAGAUAUCAAAAUUACCAAACCUUUAACUCUGAUAGUUGGGGCUUUGAUUUUAUAGCCCCACCCCCAAUGCUCAGAGCUGCUUAAUAUCGCUGAAUUGCUGGUCAAUUUUAAAAAAUGCUGCAGAUUGGUUUCCUUUUUUUUUCCUUCGCAAGAUGUGUAAAUACUUCCUUUCGUAUUUUAUACUCUAAAAUGAAGUGUCAUAUUGAUACUUUAGACUAUUAACUGCUUUUUCUUUUCUUGUACAUUUUUAUAUGGGGGGGGGAAACAAUUUGACUAUUGUAAACAUGUAAAAUAUUGAAUGUGGGCGGACUGUUUAACGGUCUGGGAUUUUUUUGGGGGUGAUGUGAUCUGGCGUCCAUAAAACUGUGCAGAUGGUAUGCAGUAUUCUGUGAUUUGGGCUUCCCAGAGAUGAAGAAUGUCACUUUUUCAUUGAAGUGAAACCCAUUUAGGGGUUACCACAAAUUUAAAAAAGAGGUGACUCUUAAAAUGAAAAGUUAUCGGGUUCCGGCAAGAGCAGAGGUUUUAUGAUUUGCAAUAAUAAAAAGGUUAUUCGCUAAACCAGGAAACUGCUAUUCAGGCCAAAAUGUCAUAACUAGGAAAGCUGUGUUCCAGUUGUGCAAUUUUAAUAAUGUCUCCAAUUCUUGGUUUAAUUAAGAAAUCCUGUUAAAGUUGAUUUCUCCCAAUUAAGUGUUCGGAUCCUGCAAUGCCAGUUUCGGUCAGAUGUAUUUUCUGCCAUUUGCAACAAGGUGUCCUGAAUAUGCAGACCUGUAUAGUGGAACUAGCAGUGGUUCGAGUUGUAGGUUAAAAAACUUGUAUAUAGAAAGGUCAGCAUUGCUUCAUAAAGACUACUUAAAAAAAAACAAAAAACCACCACACCAAUAUUGGAGCCCCUGCACCAUGUGUUACUGCUGCUCCGGUAAUAUCACAGGGAUAGUCACUAGCGUGUGAAUUUAAAGUUAUUCACUAAACCGAGAAUUCAAGGUGAACCCAAACGUAAGGUAAAAAUGGUAAAAUUCUCUAAUUCAGCUACUCUGGCUUUAAGUAUGAAAUUCUCUCAAUUUAGUGAAUACCCCUCGAUUUUCAAGUUUUAGCUGGAAAAUAGCUUACUUAUCCAACUUUUCCCAAAUUGGAGAUUGUGACCUAAUGCAUUUAAAAUGCACUGAAUUCCAGGAAUGCCACAGGUUUGAACAAGUCUGGCUUUUAUGUUAGGUGGUGCAGUCCCUUUAACAGGCGCUGGUCAUGCUGUUAAAGGGAUACUGUAGUGCCAACAAUACAAAGCUGUAUCCCUGGCACUACCGAGCCCUCUGCCUCCCCCUCCUAGCCAGUAAAUAAAAAGGGAUAAAGACACUUUACUUACCUGAUCCCAGCGCCGAUGUCAGUCUGCGCUGGGCUUUAGCUCUGCCCCUUCAUCCCGCGACGAGCGGGGUAUGUGUAUGCGCUGCAAAUGCCCCAACGCACAUUAGACCUCCCCAUAGGGAAAGCAUUGAAUCAAUGCUUUCCUAUGAAAAAAAAAAAGGACACUGGAGGGCUUCCAGCAUCCGCUAAUGGACCAAAAGUCCGUUACGAUUCCCAAAAUUCCUUCAGUGGCUGUCUGGUAGACAGCCACACACUGCAUGACCCUUGUGCACCUAGUGCUAUGUUAAACACAGCACCCAGACCACUUCAAUUAGCUGAAGUGGUCUGGGUGCCUAUAGUCUCCCCUUUAAAAAUCAUUAGUUCAAAAUAAAACUCCCUAAAGCAGGGGUAACUUUCGGCACUCCAGAUGUUGUGGACUAUAUCUCCCAUCAUGCUCUUGCAGCCAUAACACUGGCAAAGCAUCAUGGGUGCUGUAGGUUACCUACCAUCUCCAACGGUAUAUAGUUUCAGUGACAGGAUAGAAACCCUGCUUCUCCAGAGGCAGUCUGUAAUGGGGUUUGUACAUAUGGAAGGGGGGAAGCAGAAAGUCUUUGGUUAUUGCAUGUUUUGAAAAGCCCAAAGAUUUCACGUUGCCAGAAUUUAGCAACAAUAGAAUUAAGGGGGAGAUUUGUUUUUUAUAUAAAGAAUUGUGUAGUGCAAUGUAAUCUAACCCCCUUGGAAAUGGAAACUAGUAAACUAUUGUAGUCUAUUUAUAAGAUAAAUUGUGUAUAUUCUAUUUUUGUGAAUUUUUUUCUUUUUAAACCAGAGAAUCUGUUCAGAAUCACCGAGCGAAAUCUGUAUCUUUCAGUAUUCAAUCUAAAUGAAUAAAACGCGACCUAAUGAUAAAAGUAUAGGAAAACGAGGGCGACGUUUAUCGUUUAACCACAUGGUAGCUGAAAACACUGCGAGGGUUUAUUUAGUAAACAGUGAGUCACACAGCCUGCAUCCUCUAGGCUAAGGGUUCUCAACCCAGUCCUCAGGACCCCCUACCAAUCCAGGAUUUGGGGAUUACCUGGGUGUGUCUAAGGUGUUUAGAAAAAGGGAAAAAAAAAAAACCUUAGACUCUAGAAAAAAGAAAAAAAACCUUAAACACACCCUGGUAAUCCCUAAACCCUGGACUGGUAGGGGGUCCUUGAGGGCAAGGUUGAGAACCCCUGCUCUAGGCCAAAGUAGCCCAAAUUGUGAAAUUUCUCCAGUUCAGCUCACUAGCCUCCCAAAAUGGGUCUUUUUAAAACCAAAUUUCCCUAGGUCCGCAUUCUGCUCAAUAGACCCAUUACUAUGAAAUCCAUAGUAUGCAACAGGCUGCCAGAAAACACCAGCUGAUGCCAAGUUUGAAAUGUGCAAAGAUUCUUAUCCAAAUGGGCCGUGCAUCGAUAGCUCACACACUAAAAAGAGAGAGAAUUAGGUCUUCAGCCAAACCAUUCCACAACUGUAGGAAGUAGAACUCCAUUGGACUAUUUUUAUACUCUCUAGUUGGUACCUACUACGUACAUGAUACAUACAGGGUUAUUUACUGAACUGAGAUUUUAAGAAUUCAAAAUACAUUGAAACGGAAUUACAAACUUAAUGCAAAAAUAGCCAACCUGGUAGCACAGCUAAUUUUGGACAAUCCUAACUUUACUGAAUAACUGAUAAAGGCUCAGAUUUACAUAACUGGAGUAAGUUAAUGGUGUUUGGGUAGAAAACCAGCUUUAGAAUGUUCUGAUUGGAUUUGAAAUUUGACACAAUUUCCUUUUUCUAAGCAACCUCUAGUGCCACCUGAAGGUAGCAGUGGGUACUGCAAAACCUAAAAGCUUUUUCCAAAAUGCAACAUAUGCAAUGUGAACAUUUUUAUAGAAUCUGUGAACGUGACCAGCGUUCGGCUUUCACAGACCAAUUCUUGUAGACUGACACUGGAGAUUGUAUUUUCUGUAGCUGAAGUAACACACUGUUCUAUUAAACUGUAAUUUUGUUUUGCCCUUGUAACAUGUAAUUUGUCUGUCUGGUUAAAAUGUUAUUACAGGAGUCUAAUGAUGCAGCCAUGUUAUGUUACAGAGAAACUAUCACCAAAAAAAAAUAAAAAAAAAUCUAAUUUUGUUUUGCACUUAAAAUAAUCCUUCUAGCCUUGAACGGUUUUAUUGAUCUGCAAUUUCUUAAGAAUAAGGGGUCAUUCACAUCACUGGAUUUCCCACAAUGCAGCAGGAGACUGCAAUUUGCUAUAAUCUAGCAGUCCUAGUUAUGUGAGAGAACAUAGAGGUCUUCAAAGGUCUCCUAAUAAAAUGCCUGUGUGGGGUAGUGAGAGUCUAUUUCAAGUCCUACUUUUCGCUCAGUAGAACAUUUGAUAUGGUUUUUCAGUAAACUAUGAAACGGAGAAUGGAGUUGGAAAAAGGCAAGGUUUUAGACAAAAUAGAUCAAAUCUGAGAAUUCUCCAAAAAUGGUUUAUUCUGCUUGUGAAUUUGCGAGCUGAUCAAUUCUGCAUUGAGAAUAAUCUACAUGUAGUCUUAUGUUAUGUUGAUACAAGCGAUAAAUUCCGCAGCACUUUAUAGUAGGUGGAUUGUGUCCAUGGCUCAAUAAAAGCCACGGUUUGUUUGCAGACUACUGAAGAUAAAAUAAUGAUUCAAAUUAGCAGAUUAUAGCAAUAAAUCUCCUGCUUUAUCAGUGGUUUUAUUGGUAGUAAUAGCUACAUGUGUAUACAGACAGAUAAGGGAGAGAGAGUCUGCAAAGCAGUCUUUAUGUAGAAUUUCACCAAACGUUUCCUAAAACUACUGUAUAGUUGGUGAUGGUUUCUCUUUAAACAUUUAUCCAUCUGCAACAGAAACUCCUAUACACCCAAUUUGGGGAGUUCAAUGUUUAGCUCCAUAUUGCACUCUAUGUACUGGGAGCCAUUUUUAAAAGGCUCAGUUAAUGUAUUCCUUGCAGUAGCAACCCAAACAGAUUACCAAAGCAAUAACUUUCCAAAACGCUUUGCAAUCAGAGGGGGCUUGAAAUUACCCCUCUCACUCACUGUAAAGGUAAAUCUGAAACAUUCUCUAUAAAUUCCUACAUUGCUGUGUACGACAAUGUAUAAAAAUCCAUGAACAUUUGUCUGGCUACAGACAGGUAUUCAGGACAUAGCACUUAAAUAACUGAACUGUUUUAUGGAUGUUAUUUUAUAUUUUUUAUUCCCUUUUUCAUGUUAUUUUUGGUGUGGGGGAAUUAUAACUCUUACCAAUAAUCUGCUCAGACCGUUCCAUGUAUUUGUAUGAACAUUGUUUUUUUUGUUAACCUCUUGCAACCAUUGGACAUCCAGACAAGCUGCGAUAGUCCCAGUACUGACUGUCCAAAUAAUAGAUUAAGUGAUUGUUUGCCUUGCGAGAGAGGACUGUGACCUGUCGCGGAGCAAUGGCUUAUUGUCCCCUCUGGCAGGAAAAGGGUUAAUGGGUUGUGGUACUUUAUUUCUGUAUUACAAAACAAACCAUAAAAUAAAAUAAAAAUAUAAAAAAAACUUUAAAUAAAUGCCAAACUUCUGGAACA